AGUUGUUGUAGUUACCAGGGAGAUUAACCGCGAUGAUCAACUGGCCCUGGUAAUAUCAGCUAGCUUGCUAGCAGUUUGCAUGCGUUCAGAUAUUAAGGUAAGUCGACGUUUGUGUAUUUGUAUUGUAUUUAAACCUCUCUAUGGUGGUCUUAAACUUAACGGACUUUACCUUGUCAGUUCCACAUGUUUGAUGAUAUAAAUAAGUAUUUAGCGCAGUUAAAUAGGUGCUAACAGCUAAUGGUGUGUUAAAUGUAAAGCAAUGUUUUGAGACGAAGUUAUUCGUGGUAGCGGGGCUACAAAGGCUUUUUUUGCACAGAUUUUGCAUGUGUGUACUGGCGUUUGAUGUUGAAAUGUGCUAUGCACUGUCUGUUGUUCUUGCAGUUGGAGGUGAGAGGUGCCAUUCAAUACAAGAUAUCCUAGGGAGAGUUCACCCGACGGCUUGUACACUUUUACUGCAAAGAUGCCAGCUGUGACCUGGGAUAAGGAGGUUUCUGAAUUCUCCUCAGAAGGCGAGCACGAGUAAGUGUUUUAUACUGCUCAUGUAUAAUCAUACUGUUCAUGAUCUUUGACAGUCAACAUCAUUACUCCUACUACUUCUACUGCUACUACUAUUGUCAAAACUUGAUGAGCUUAUAAAACAUUUAAUUCUCCUCCGUCUUUCACACUAUUGGUGUCUGGUUUUCUUCAAGCCAAAGAUCCUUUUUCAGAGGUGUUGACAUGCAAAUCCACAUCUACAUUUUACCUUCAUGUCAACACGCCCCUUCAUACCCUCUGUGUGCUCAUGCACCACAGGUCCACCCCCUUGUUAUGUAUUGCUUUGAAGGCAGUUUGAGAGUUGCCAUAAUAUACUUUGUAGCUGUCAGGUUGCUCUCAGUACUUGAUUUUUUUAAUGAACAGAUCAAAUUGGAAACUGUACCAUAAGCUGUUUUUAGCUUUGCCUUCUCCCUCUUGUCAUAGUUUAUUUAAUGUGUAAUGAAUAUUUGCAGGACUAAAGAAGUUGAUUCCUGUCUCUUUGAAUAAUUUAUACAAAAGUGCAUUUGAACAAAAUGAUUCCUCCAGGUCGGUUUCAUUUUGCAUAAUUAAUGAGAUUUUUAACUGAAGAGGAGGAAAGGGAAUGUAGAUUAUAACACCAGUCAGUCUAUAGUAUCUUGUGCCUGCCUAAUUCCAUCGUAAGCUUUACUUAGUAAGCCUCACUAAGAGUCACUGUGCCGACUUCUGGACUAAUUUCCAUCUCCUGAAUUAGUUUGGAUCAGUGAGAAGUCAGGCUUAACCUCUGAGUGACCAGUUUGAAAUGCUACCAGAGCUGUUACUACAUGAGAUGAUUACAAAAAAACUGUCUUUUGAACUCACCAUUUCAGGACAUAGUUGUUGGUAUCUAUCACUGACAUGAUGUGCAAGUUUAUGAUGGCUAACAUCUCAAAAUAAUGAAAGACCUAUGCCAUGUAUUGAAUUACAGGUUCAUGCAAGAGGCCCAUGCACACUUAAACCAGAAAUAUGUAAGAGAAUUUACAUGUUUAAUGUGAAGUAUGUAUUGUAAAAGAAAUAAGAGCACAGCACAAGCUAAGAUUUUGUGAUUUGUAAGCUAAAAGUAGAAAAUGUCAACAUUUGAUGAGCUUUAUCCAGGGAUUGUUGCACAUUUUUACACAAAGUUCCUGUGAGGGACUUGAGUCUAGUAUGGCACUCUUCUGUGGACAAAGAUUAACAUCUUAUCUCUUUGCUGAUUGUGUCCUGUAUAUGCCAAGGAGGUAUUUUCUAACUUAAAAAUCUUAUCUUCUAAAUCUAAGCUUUCUAUUAACAUGAGUAUAUCAGUAAUUGUGAAUAUAUGCUGUUUAUAAAGGUUGUUUCUUGAGCAUGCUGUCCAUCAUUUUGUCCGACAUCUACCCCCAGUAGUUAAAGUAAUUGAAAAUUACAUUAUUAAAGCUUUUAAUGCUGUUAUUACUAGCCCUCUUUACUUUUUAGGUCAAAAACAUGCAUCACUGUCAGUUACAGCCUGUUUGAAAACUGGUUAAAACCCCUUAGUGAGGCUUUAAAAUUUGAUUUCAAAGAUAAUAAUAUUAUCAGGAGGUGGAACUGUGAGAAAAUCAGCCAAGUAAGUGGAUGUUAUGAUGAGAGUUAUCCAGCCCAAUGUUCCCUUUUCUUACUCCUGUUUCCUUUUUAUUUUGACAUGUUGCUGUUUUUUGGUCAAGAAUGAAAUAUCAAGCUGUUUCAAAUAGGGCUGAAACGAUUACUCGAGUAACUCGAGUAACUCGAUUAAUAAAAUUCCUCGAGGCAAAUUAUAUGCCUCGAGGAAUCGUUUAAAUCCGGAACCAUGUGCAGCGCACGGUGUUUGACACGGACGGUUAUUUCUGUUGCGCAGAAGCGUGCUCUUUCCGCUCCUUCCGCUGCCGCGCGUUUGGUUCAAUCAUGGAGGGAAACGAGGACAGACAGAAGCUGUGUCCGAAAUGGCAUACUGCCUGCUAUCUACUUACCUACUCAAGCAGUAGCUACUGCCUACUGACUACUCAAAGAUGAUUUGAGUAUGCCGCGGCUGCCCGAGCGUUUACACACAUACAUACUAAAUACCCCAGAAUGCAUUUCGUGCCGGCCGGACGCAGCGCCGGGAAAAUUUAAAUAGUCCUACCACAAGCUACAUAGAACGACUGCAUACCGGACAAAUUAUAUAAAUUCAUUCAAUAAUAAUAUUUUUUCUAGCGAGAAAGUAAGUGUUUACAUCACGAUUAUGAGCCCAGUUGUUUGAAAUAGUGGCUGUUUGUAAAUUUGUCUCGGCGUUUUCGGAGACCGAAGCGUCCACUUGGUCGGUGUUUGCGUCUAUUUACCGUAAACACCGGGCAGCAGCAGCUCCCCCUUCACGUUUCCAAAUUAUUGCGAAGUGUUUUCAUAAUCAACAUCUACACGACACAAACCGGGCGGCAGUGGAUGAAAAAAAUCACACAAACAUCCGUGUAUCCAUGGUGAUAAUGCUAUACACCACCUGCUAGGCGUGUGAUGAGCAGCAGAGGGCUGCAAAAUGACCAACACACAACAACAUGUAAAUAAAAAUGUAACACUUUUAUAUAUUGAAUAAAUGUACAUUUGCUUGUCAAAUUAUGUUAGUAUCCAAGAAUUAUAUUAUUUCAGCCUAUUAAUUAAACAAGUAAAAUUAGAUCCAAAGCCUGGAAAUAGUUGUGACUGGUUUAGUGAAAACUGCAAAGAUCAUUACCAUAGCAAUUAAAAGACCAUCUGCAGACCUUGCCUUCAGUAGUUUCAUGUGAACUACAUGGUAAAAUGUAAAACUUUUGGUUCCUGAUUUAUGCAGUAAAAAUAUUCAUUUGAAAGACCUGGCCUAUUUCAGUUUUGUGUGUUACUGAUGGUUUUUAAUGAGGCAAACGUGAUUCAAUGCAAAGUUAUUACAGUGAGAGCAAAACAUUUCUUAUCCGAUUACUCGAUUAAUCGACAGAUUAAUCGAUAGAGUACUCGAUUACUAAAAUAAUCGAUAGCUGCAGCCCUAGUUUCAAAUUUUUGUAUGAAAAAAAAAAAAAUUCUGUUUUCAUUCUCACGCAAAAAACUGUGAGCUGAGUAUUUGACCAAUGCUCUAUUCACAGCUCUCCUGCAGAGUCCUUUGGUCAAAGCUCUUCAUGUCUUGUAAAAUCAUUAUUCUUACUAAAACCAGGAGUCCUUUUGAUCCAUCUAAAUGAUUAGUAACCAAAAAAAUGUUACCUUGCUUGUCAUACUUUGCUAUGAUGACUGUGUGGUUCUGUCAAGCAUUUUUGGUGUUUUUUUUAUACUGUUUUGUUUAAAAUGUUGUUGCUUAACAACAGACUAAAAUAUUACGAAAGCAUCGGAAGGCAUGCAAAAAAGCAACUCAGAGAAAAAGAUAUCUGCCAUACUGUCUGUCAUACUUGGAUACCCAAGCUAGGGGCAGCAAUUGUUUACAUGCUUCUCCUCCUUAUCAUGACUGCCCAUGCCUGAUUGAGCUCUGCUCCAUCAUCAUGCUACCUUAUCAUAUUUUUAGCUCCUGAUAAGCAGGCUGUGUCUGGUACUAUCAGAUAGCCUGCAGGUUUACAAGGGUGUUUGUUAGCACAGCGCAUUGGUUUGUUAUUGGCCAGCACCCCCUGGAACUGUGUGUGGUUCUGUCUGUAUCUGCCUGCUUGAAACAAACACCAUCUCAGGAUACAUUCCCCCAGCAUUAGGUAAACCACCCAUAUAAGCUAUUCCACAUCAGCCGGGAGUGAAUGCCAAAGAUUUGUAGCACCUCAGUGUACUUCUCUGACAUCAUAACCGGGAAGUUAAUCUGUGUGAAACCUUCAUCUCUUUAAAUUGUUGUGGAUGCCAGACUUUAGGAACAUUUGGGAAAAACCCUCCUAACUGUGACUCUGUAUAAUCUUAUUGUUUUUUCCUCUAGAGACCAUCCCUGCAUUGCCUGGAGUGGCCAUAGCAAGAAAAUACCAGUUCUCUUGUUUUUCCCUGAAGCUGCUGUCAGCAGUUUCUCCUCUGUUGGAGGUAAAAACUAAAGAAAUGGUAACAAAAUUUAAACUCAGAGGCUUUGAUAAGUCAGAUGAUAAGAAUAUCUACCUUUACAGAGCGAUUUAGUAUGGCCUUUAAGAUUGUGGGCACAGAGAGCCGCCUGGUCCGAGGAAUACUCACCAACCAUGGGUUCCAUGAGGUAAUGUUCUCCCCUUAACUGUGCAAAGAUUAAGAUUAGCCCUGAUCUUUAAGAAAUGAAAAGCUUUUACAACACAUGUGCUAUUUCUGCACUUCUCUGCUGUGUAGAGUCAGUGAUAGGAAGGCUGUCUUUGUUACUGUAGACUGAUAAUGUCAAAGCCUGGGAAUGCACUAAUGGAAAAAAAAACAAAAAAACCUAAAUGACCCGGAGUGCAUUAAUCCUGUUUCACAAGGGCACACAAUCCCCAUUAUGUCUCUUUCCAGGCAGUUACAAUAACUCCCUUUUUAUUUCAUUUCUAUGCUUUUGACUCCUGUUAACCCAUCAUCAAAGGCAGACGAGUGUCUAUUACGGCUUCAACUGAGCCAGUCUUUAAUAAGCUUUUAUUGCAAACAUCUGGCUCUCUCCUUAAUGCAGGGCUGACAUAUUAGCUCUGGCACUUUAAGAAUUGUAGCAAUACAACAAAUCAAAUGAGGAUGAUGGAAAUCUGCAAGUUUACCUUCUUUCUUUUAAAGAGCAGGCGGUGUUUCCUCAGUUAGUGUCUGAUUUGCUGUUUAAAUUUGAUAAAAAGCGUUCAGCCAUUUUUGAUGGACAUUUGAAUAUGGCGCUGUUUUUGUAACUAUUAAAAGAUUUUCAUGAUCCCUUUUCUCUGUUCACACAAUGAAUGUUACAGGAUGAAACCAGUUUUUUUUUUUUAUCAAACUCAUCCUGUGUCUCCCUCAGGUUCCCUCACACAGUGAUGACUUUGACCUGAUGUGGACAGGAUCUCAGCUCGCGCCUUCAAUCCCGGGCAGCUUUAAGGACUUCCAGAAGGUCAACCACUUUCCCAGGUUUGGUACCAAUGAUACAGAGCUCAAAUAUAUGAGUGCACUGCCACUGUUUUCUGGGUUAUAAAUAUCAGCACUGAGCCGUUCUAAGCCCCUCAGUUCAGGCGAUGUGUUUGUUGGCUUCCACUGCAAAGAGCAUUUAGUUUGGACCAGUGCCUCUGAAAUAUGAAAUGAAUCAUACUGUCAGGCAGAGGGCGAUCUACUGCUGUUAUUUUUUGUUCUGUGAAUUUCAAAGCUGCCUAUCGGAUUGCUGUGAGUAUUUUAAACUAGAGGCUCUGCUUAUUUCCAGGUCGUAUGAACUGACGCGCAAAGACCAUCUCUAUAGAAACAUCCAGCGAAUGCAGAAAAUCCAUGGCUUCAAAAACUUCCAUAUCAUUCCUCAAGCCUUCGUGCUUCCCUCUGAAUACCAGAAGUUCCGUGGUAAGAAAUCUCCCCUCUUAUCCUUCUCCUUUCUUUGUGUUGUUCACAAUCAGUCCAAACCUAGACAUAAAUGUCUAUUCCUUUGUUCCAACCCUCUCUCUCUUAGAUUGUUUUGCUAAAGAUAAAGGCCUGUGGAUUAUCAAACCAGUAGCAUCUUCAAGAGGGCGUGGCAUCUACUUGGUCGAAAAUGUAAGUGAUUUGAGGCCCUGAACCUGACAUGACAUGGAUUUUAAAAGAUCAGUUUUUUCAAGUAUCUUUUUUCUUGCUUGUCCAAUUUGUAAAAUAAUUUAUAUUUAUUAAUUAAAUAUUGAUUAUGAUAAUCAAUAAUCUUGGAAUAUUAAAGAGUAGAGGCUUUUUUAUUAAGCUGGAUUCAGAGAUUUCAAGGCAACUUGUGUGUUAACGAAGAAAACAUUUCCUUUCUUUUCUGACCAAGAUGAAAUUUGAUAAAACAGGUUGUGCUUCGGUGCUAGUCCCUACCCCGGUGACUUGUCCCUUUAAUAGUGUUGCUCAAAGGCUUGAAAAAAAUCAUGGUGAUGGUAUAGAUGUCAAACCCAGGCGUCAAACAGUCAUCCGUUAUGUUUACAUAUAGACAGAACUUCAGGAAAUCUCCAGAAUUUUUGGGGCUGGGUUGUAUGAGUGUAUGAAAACAGCUGAGAUGAUCACCCCAACUUUACUGGGUCUCUUCCCAAACAGUCCCCCCCUGGUAAAGUUUCUGUCAGCAGUUGGGAUGAGCUGAUGCGAGAACACAUCAGGAAACAUUUGUGAGAAUUCAGGAGUGAGUUCAGUGAAUUCAGGGAUGUCAACAUUAGUAUCUUUUCACCAGUGCCAAACUUGUAAAUGCCACCGUAAAAACAUCUGAGGAUAAGGAAGAAGAAUCAUCUCAAGACAAGAGCAGCAAAGAUUUAUGUGAAUCUGUCCAUUAAUCUGUAGUAUUAAUAUCCACUAAUCACUCAUCAAUUAGCACCACCUGUCUAACGUGUAGCCCCCACUCAAGGAGUUUGAAACCACUCAUGUAUCUUGCAUAACCUUGAAGCUACAGCCAGCAGACAGUUUGGUUGGUUGUUACAGACAGGAAACACAGGAAACAGCUUUACGUGAAGCUGCACUAACCAAAUAUUACUCACUUAGUCAAAGAGAGUAAGUCUUUCUAAAAUCAGGUAUUAACACAGUUUCACACCCAUGUUAAAGCUAGAGGGAGAGAACUGUUAGCAGACUUUUAAAAAAAAACUAUUCGAGCUAAAACAGUGACUCAACCAGAUGUUACGUGAGUGUGUGUGUGGGGGUGUACAGAUGCAGCCGUCUUUGAAAUAAGUAUCAACUAGUGUUUCAGACAUUAAUAGGCUUUGUGGAGUAAAUCAAACUCUUCCAAGGCCCCGACUUAGAGGGGGAGCUCAACAUGGUUCUCACUCUUAGAAAACAUAUGCACCAUUCUUCUUCUUCUUCUUCUUCUUCUUCUUCUGAGGCAUUUUUAUGAAACAGUGGAAAGAAUGUCAGAGCAAUAUUUGGAGAGAAGAAAGAAAUACGUCCUUUUUUUCUUUUUUCGGUCAAGGUUUUCUCUGAACUGUAGCCAGCGCUGAGGUUACCCUGCUCCCCUUCACCCCUCCCCCAUCCCCUCUCCUCUCAACUUUGCCACCUGCAACACAUUUCAACCUCGUAAAUGACCCCUCUUCCACCACCAGAUCGUGUUUUUAUAGACUGUUAUUGAAUGCUGACCCAUGAUGGCCGGUGUCAUUGCAGUCUCCCAACUUUUCUGGAUCUGAUGAAUGUUUGAUGUUAAUGGUUAACAGUGGUGUCACAUCAUGCCUGUGGAAUUCAGUAUUUAAUGCUGUUUUAUAUGAAUAUAUGGUGGAGGGAUGGGAAACAUUAAAAACAGGGCAUUUAUCAGGGAAAGGCUACUCAUCGUAUUGAUUUAGUUUUUAUGGUUGUUCUUAGAUAAAAGUUUCAAGGACAUUCAUCACUGCGGUAAAUAAUCUACUAGAUCACUUUUCUCACCUGGUCAAUCAAAAUUUGUCCUGACAGUCUUUGUUGUUUUCCAGAUACAGAUUGUAGUGUUCUAUGAUCAGUGUAAAUUACCAUUUUAGCGUUUUUAUUGUAUCAUUUUGUUUUUUUACUUUUUCUUUGUUUUCUACAGCCAUGUCAGAUUUCUGUGGGUAAAAACACCUUGGUGUCUCGCUACUUAAACAACCCACUACUCAUUGAUGGUAAGCCUCUUAAACACAGCUCAUCAAAUAUGAGUUGGAAUUUUUUGCUCUGUGAAUAAUUCUGUUUUCUCUUCAAUUGCAGGGUUCAAGUUUGAUUUGCGGCUGUAUGUGUUGGUGACUUCAUAUGAUCCACUUAUUGUCUAUUUGUAUGAAGAGGGGCUGGCCAGGUGAGCUGUGUAUGAACUUCAGCUUGAAUCUAGCUCUCUGAUCCAAAAAAAUGAAGAUAAGCCUCAACCAAGCAAAGUUAUCCCUAUCCCAGUCACAGUAUCGGAAAAGAAAGAUAAAAAUGGAUUACAUUACCACAUCUUAUCCCAUGUCUUAUGAACAACCUGAUUUCAAGGUUUAAUCCUAUUAGCUAGCCUUAACCUGAUCAGAUUACUUUUGAACAACUGGGCAAGAAACAAGGACUAAAUCCACAGUCUUUGCUCUUGAGGCUCAUUCACUGGUGCUGAUUCAGUGCCCAGAAGAGGGCAGUCUUAACCUCUUACUCCUGCUGCUGUGCAGUCUGCACUGUGCUGCUGACUUUGAAACAAAGGGCUUUAUUGUUCCAGUUUCAAGAUGUUCUCAUCAAGUGUUGCUGAUAGUGCCUUUGUGUAAUUGCCCUAUAUUUAUCGGAUGUUGGUAUUUAAGAGGAGGAUAAAUCAUUUAUUCAAUAGGAGGCUUUUGUGAGGUGCAGGUAGGUCAGGAGAGGUCGGGUGAUUUAUAGUAGGACAGGUUUGAUAGAGGUUCGUGCUGAAGACAGAGUGCCACCACCCUCUUGUUUGCUGGUUUCAUUAUCAGCUGCGAGCUAUGAAUUCUGAAUCCCACAUUUUAUCUUCUGAAAUUCUUUUGGGUUGUGUUGGUAUUCAGGUGCACAGCUCAUGCCAAAGAAUUCUCAUUAUUGCACAUGUGGCAUCCACUCCUCUUAAACACUGCCAGAUACUAAUGUCUCUCCAAAGUGCCCCUAUCAAAAAUUCAAGUGUCAGCUCUUUGGAGUCGGUCAUUAUUGCAGGGAGAUACAGUAUGUCGUAAAAUUUUGUACAUGAAGAAAGUCUUUCUGCUUUCAGAUUUGCCACAGUCAAGUACGACUGUACUCCAGAGAACAUAGAGGACACACUCAUGCAUCUCACUAACUCCAGCUUGAACAAAAAGAGCAGCGAUUAUGUCCGGUAAGAUCUGUCAGACAUGAAACAUACAUUGAAUGUGCAGCUGUUAUUGAACAACUGGGCAAGCUUAUGGGAAGCUGGAUUGACUCAUCCAUUUAUCAUAACGGGACCGUUUGAAGUGCAUUUCUUUCCUUUCAGCUGCGAUGACCCUGAAGUUGAGGAUUAUGGGAGCAAGUGGAGUAUGAGUGCAGUGUUGAGGUAUUUGAAGCAGGAGGGGAAGGACACCACAUGUGAGUCAAACCUUUGUUUUCUUUGCCGUCUUAUGCUUUUCAUCUUUUUCUUUGUUUCAUUGUCAAUGCAAAGGUAACAAUUGCCUUGUUCGGAGGCUCAAACUCAUUUUUUGUAACUAUGUCUGUUCCAGUGCUGAUGAGGAAGGUGGAGGACCUCAUUAUCAAAGCUGUACUGAGUGCUAGGCUGCAGAUCGCCAAUACCUGCAAGAAGUCCGUCCCUCACAGGACAAACUGCUUUGGUAAUCCUUUCUUGUUGUCUGAGUUGAAACCUUUUUGGCCAAGUACUAAUUAGUAGUGAAUGUGUCUCAGCUCUGAUUGGUUGGAAUGAAGAGAGAGGGCUUUUCUGUUUUCUCUUGAGAUUUAAAAAAAGAAGGGAAGCAUCUUAAGAUUUUCCUUUGAUUGAAAUCUGCUCUCGCAUUGAUUCCCUUUCUUGCUCACAGUUCAGACUCACUCACACACACGUACUGAGUCAUCCACCCCUCACAUUUCCUUUCAGUUUCACAUUCAUUGUCCUGCAGUUCCUCUGUGUUUUUCUCCACUGAGCCGAGCUGAGGUUGCAGACAGUCGUUCCUCAGUGUGGAGCCGUCUUGCCUGUUGCUGCCCUUUGACUGUCUGCCGGGUCUUGAAGGGCCUUUUGACUGAAUCAGGAAUUCGCUUCCUCCUCUCUGUUGCCAUUCAGCUCUGCCUGAUUUAGUCUGACUGUUUUCUUGGCUCCUCCUGCCUAGCAGCGGGCUCGUGUGAACUCCAUUUCGGAGCCAUUACCCAUGUUAGUGUUGGCACUAAUUGUCCGCGCUCUCCCCCUCUGUCUGGCGGUCUCUCCGAGAUUUGGGGUUGCAAAAAAGCAAGCACAUGGGCCAAGCCUCCCUCAGCACGGCUGUCUCUUUUUCACUCUCUUUUUCCUCUUCUCUUGCUGUUUCUGUUUGUUUAUAAUCCUCCUGCUCACACUCUCUUUCACCUCUCACAUUGUAGAAAAAUAAAAGACUCGGCAGUUGUGACAGGCCUCUGUAGACAUAAUAGCCCCCCAUGAUUGGUGGUUGUUUGGGCGCGUUGCAGCAGGGAUUCACCAUCACACAGUUGCCUGCAUGAAAGAUGUUAUCUGCACCUGGAGCAUCAAUGCUAGGUUGAAAAACAGGCAUUAACUCAGGCCCAGGGUGUGAAUGUUGACCAUGCAGGUAUUUACAAGGUAAUGUGGCUCACCAAACCUUAACGUGGCACUCAAAGGCAUUUGAUAGACAUGAAUGAACAAGAUAGUGAUGCAAAUCUCAGAGUGAGAGUCAAAAUCAAGAAUGAAAAACAACUUUGCUCUGUUUUCAUACUUCUCACUCGGGUAAUCCUGAAUUAUUUGCUUGUAUUUGCAAAAUUUCAUAAUUUCUAUGUGAAUUUGACCUUGAACGAUUUCAUUGAAGAUAUGGUUAAUAUUUUUUUCAAUACCUUUUGGCCUGGCUGCAGUGGGGCCCGAGGCAUCGCUUGAAGCAGAUGAGGGAGCAGGAGAAGGAGACGGGGCAGGAGAAGGUGACAGAGCUGAAGCAGGAGAGGGAGCUGAAGCAGGAGAGAGAGCAGGCUUAUCUGUAGUUAAAGUUGUGACAAAAAUGUUUGAAAUCCAAAACUCUGCAAUCAGGCAACAUUGCAAUUCAAAUUAAAAAUGUUCACAAAUUAUAUGUGCAUGAUUUGAUCUGUCCAUCUUAAAUUAGACUACAAUGGUGUGUUUAAACCAUGAGGGGACUCAAAUUUAUUUGCUAUCUUUUUCACUCAUCAACUUACCGUCAAACUCCCCUCCUGAGGGGCCUGCUUCCUCAAGCUCUUCAGGCAUCCCAGCAGCAGUUUCUACGGUGAUGUCUUCCUCGACCUCCCGAGAAAUGUUGCUGCUUGUCUCCCUCGGGGCCAUAAAGGGGUCGAGAAACGACAUCACCGCAGAGAAACGCCACUUCUUCUGCUGGGAGGCCGCCGACCCGCUUCUCCCACCUUCCUUCUCUCUCCUUUUCUCCCUCAUGUAAACGUCCCGCAGCCCCUUCCACCGCUUGCGGCACACAUCCACUGCAAAGACACACACACAUACGUUGAAUCAUGUAGCCUAGCAAGCAGGGGCAGUUAGCUAUGUUUUCAUAAAACAGUUCGCUCACUGAAAUAAAUAAAUAAACAAACAAGCUUACCAGAAAGCCCGACAUCACGGGCCACCUUCCCCCAUGCUUCUUCUUUGGCGUUGCGGUCCCGGUACAGCCUGCAACCCACGUUGUAUAGCACCGGGUGGUAGCUAACGGAUGUGAUUAACUGCUCUUCCAUUGUAUGAAUCUUCUUCUACUCCUUGCUUCGCCAGUUUGUUGACGUCAGCAGAGCCCUGAUUGGCUGUCUCGGCAAGGAGUCGCUCCAAAAGUUCAAAUAUUUGAACUUUGGGAGCGACGGGACUUGGCGUCCUGCGACCUCGGCGACGCGACCUCGGGGACGCGCCUUGGCGACCGGUCGCUAGGUCGCGUCAGGUCGCGUCGCAGGCAGCCGGUGGUCGCCAAGUCGUGUCAGGUCGCGGCUGGCCAUAGACUUUGCAUUAGGAGCCGUCGCCGCGUCGGGUCGCGUUUGGUCUGAACGCCCCUUUACAUGAAUACUGUGCCAUCUCCUACCAUUGCAAGAAGUGAAGCCCAAAAUAGCUUCUUCAUGGGCGCUGACAUAUUGUGGUGGUGAUGUAAUUUGGAGCCAAGGCAUGUGCAGAAGCAAUCUGGUCAUCACAUCCUUUCUGCUAACCAAAACACACAUUGAAAUUACCGAUGAUGUUAUAGGAGCCCUCAUUUGUCAACAGAGCUAUCAAUCAUGAUGUCACAUCCCCUCUAUUAAACAUCACAUGAAAACUAAAUUUCUCUGAAAAACAAACACAUGUACAUAAAUCUGCAAGAUUAAGACUAACCGCAAAAAUAAUUAUCAGAAUCAUCAUCUGCUGCUGUGCUGCACAUUACGUGCUGCAUUAAUCUGAUUGGUUGAAGACCUGUAAUGCAGCUUUACAAGAUUUGGCUUCAUUUUAGGGGAGCUGUUGUGCUGUUCAUGAUUUUAUUCAGUCUAUGUCCCAGCACACGUAAAACGCUUUAUUUGGCCAUGCAUGUAAAUUAAACAAAUGUAUUGUGUUGUACCUUUAUUUACGUUUCUAAGAAUAUACAAACAAAACUUGGCAUCUGUAUGAAACAACCUGACUUGAUUUAGGUAAGAAGAGUAAGUACACAGAACAUGUAUAAAAAAAAAAAUUGAACUUUGGAAGUUUGGGAGUAUGAAAUAAGAUACCCAAGAUUACUGGCGAAGCUGCACUGUUUCCAUCUUUUUUUGUCUAUUUUGGCUGAGCAAUGUUGAAAUCUUAUACGUUCGACAAAAAGAAACUGUAAAGAAAUUGAUACUCCAUCGAUGCUAUUGUGCAGCACAAAAGCAAUUAGGUUGUACACCUUUUACUAUGAUAUGUAAUACCCUGUGGUCUGCUGUGAACAUGCACAUUACGCCACUUCAGUCAUAUCACUUUACAAUUGAAUUGAGUGUAAUUUUGUUGUCUUCGGAUGGCCCCAAGUGAGUUAAUUACAGCAUUCAUAGUCUGUCUACAGGAUUAAGUUUCUGAAGACAGACACUGACGGUUCCAGAGGACCACCCUCCUCUCUUUCAUGCUGAUGUAUUUCUCACAGUGUGGUCCUGUCGCAUGCAAACUCCCCGUGCUUGUGUGAGUACGUAUGGAUAGUAUGAAUACAGAGACAUGUAAGAACCAGUGUAAAGCAGACUGUUUUACAAACAUGCAGGUCUGACUAAGCUUCAAGGAGUCCAGUCUAGUAUCUCUGUGGGCUGUUUCUUGUCUCUUAAAUAAAUCCCACCCAAACCACUGAGGAGUCAUGUUCACUCUCUCCUUUGCUUGCAUUUUCCCAUUCCUCCUGUAGUGCACAGCAGACCCAUCAUUACUGGUGGGCCUCCACAGCUGCAUGUAAUAGUAAACAGGUACAGCAUCAGAGUGCAGGGGCAGUGUAUACUGUUGUGCAUGUUAAGGCAGCCAGAUCAAAGCAGCCAUUGAGAGCUUUUAUAUGCACUCUGGCAUGGCUGGAAGGGAGCCACACAACAUCAUAAAGCACAUUAUAAUCUUAAUUUACUGCAAAUUAUACCCUGCCUUUUUAAUGUCUAUUAAUGCCUUUAUUAUAAUGUUUAUUGCUUUCAAAUGGGAUUUGUUCUCUGUGUUCAGACUGCACAUCCAUAUCUGAAUGGGCAUAAUAUAACAGAAAUCUUUUUAUACCUCUGUAAUGUCCCAAGUGGGAAGAAAUAAAAACAGCAGAUUUUUAAAAGUUACAUCGGUAAGAGCUGUGUGUGUGUGUGGGGGAGAAAAUGCCACCCAUGCAACCCCUCACCGCUGCCGUGUGAUUAAUGGACAGGCUUUCUGCUGAGGGAUGCUGAUUACGAGAUGUUUUGACUAAGAUCUGAUUAGCCAAGCCAAAGGCCUAUUUUAUUACACACAAAACAUUCCACUUACUGGUCCUGUGUUCCACUGAACGUCCCUCAUUAAGUGCUGAGUGUGGUUGAAUCCCCCAUCUGUCUGUGCACCAUUCUCCCUGUUUUACAUUUGUCAGAUACUCCCACAAUUCACUGCAAAACAGGGUUGGUGUGCCUGUGAUGACAGUGCGGCUGCUAUGUUAUUCAAAAUCUAUUCUAGGAUGAUUCAUGGAUUGGCUCCUGCUGUCAUAAUAAGACUACAGAGCGUUAACUGUAGCUUUAAUUUGUUGUCGUCAGAGUGUUUUGAAAUGAUUGAAACUCUAAGCUGCUCCCUGAAACAGCAGUGAAACAGCUCAGCAGCCAUAAUUUACCCCCGAAUGAGGCAAGAGUAAUCCAAUUGUCCUGGCCAAUAAAGAAAACACACAUGAAGGGAAUUCUUUAUGUUACUGUUGUUGUUGUGAGCCCACAGGCUGCAUGGCAAGGGUGGGAAGAUUAUUGUCUUUGGGCGUUUGUCUCUUGUGGUGAAGUUUCCAGCAGCGCCCAUCCAAUAAUCUAAAAAAAUCCUCCUCAUCAUCCCUUUUUUUCUGUCACAUUUUUCUCCCCCCCUCCCUCCUUCUUUAAUGGGUGUGAUGUAGAUGUUCGCUGCCUCUCCUCUCCUUGUCUGUGAUGCUUGUUGUGGUUCCCUCUGUGGGCACAUUUAACAGCGCUCCCCCCACAGCGGUCCAGCCAUAGAACAAACGUGUCUAGCAGCGAGUGGCUCUGCAGGGCUCAUGGGGCAGGAGCGGCGUCUGCUCCUAAUUUGGGGAAAAUGCACGGCACAUGGAGUCUGCUUGUCGGAGAGGCUGGUGAGGCAGCGUAACACCUCCUCAUUUUCCUCUGUUGUUGUGGUGCCAUUGGUGAGGCGCUGCAGGCUCAAACCCAUGUAUUCCGGCUCUCUGCGCUCAAAGACUAUUGGUCGAUAUUUUUAUGACACACAAUUUCUCUUUCUUACUUUUAACCCCAAUCUGUGUGUUUGCUUUUCUGGAUAGAAGGGGAUAAACCUGAGUGCUCUGCUUAAGCACAUACAGCCUAGCAAUGGGGGUCCUAUCCAUCCCCAGGAGUUAAAGACGUUUAAAGAUGGUGGUGGUGUUUUCAGUUGCAGGCCUUGGUUCAAGCAUGUAUGGUAAACUCUGUUUUGUUUUCUCAUUAAAAUAAAGUCUGCAGUUACACUAAUCUGGACCUCACAACAUGAUAGCACUUGUUCCUGACCUAUGUAAUACAACCCAUUGAACAUAAUGCAGUUUGCAUUUUCUCUUACUAAAAACAGAAGAGGAGAAAAAACAUACUGUUAAUGUCUCAGGAAGUAUUUUAAAGUCUUAAAACUGUUGUCAAGUAAUUUAGUAAUACACUUCAAUAGAUUUGGGGACCCACUAGAGACGGAUUUAAAAGAAGUGGUCAAAUGGAAGCUACAUGGAAAAAUCUGGAUCAUGAAUUUCCUUUAAUGCAAUACGAUAGCAUCUCUUGCAAGAGUCCCUCUGUCUGGUAAAGGCGCAUGUCUUUCAAACUCAAUGCCCUCUGUUUGUCCCACAGGCUAUCGGUUAUAGGUUUGUAGUUUCAAAGAUGAGAUAAACCUGAUGACAUCACCAGCUAACCGGUUUCCCAGGCUGAGUCCUCUCUGAUGAGUAAUCUGAUCUUUCUGUGUAAAAUCAGGGCUUAUUUAAUUUAAAGUCCCAGUUCAUAUAGAAGGGGGAGUUGGGUAGCAUUUACACUACCUUCCUCAAGAGCUAGUUCAAAACUAUCUGAUUAAGUGCAAAUACUUUUAGCUUAUUUUUACCCUGAGGAUAAUAAAGUAUUCUGAUUCUUGAUUCUGAAGCUUAAAUUAAAAUUGUUACCUCCAUGUGACGUAAAAGCAAAAGAGACCACCAGGAAGAAAAUAGCUUUACAUACGGUAUAAGUGUAAGGGACAGGAAGUGAUGAGAGAUGGUCUGUUUCACUGACUGUGGAUGGCAAUCUCAUAUGAAUAGAAAAAGAGGCAUGUUAAAAUGGUGCAUCAUAUCAGCAAGGCCAUAAAUGUGCUUGUGCAGCCCGUCUAGAUAUCUUGUCAUUUUGAAAAACACUGUCAAAGAUUCCUCUUGGAUUGCACAUAAAAAUGUAAAAUAAAGAAGGAUGAGAUCUUUUUUUGUAAGACAUCAUUGUUUACACAAGUACUGGACAAGAUCAGCAGACAGAUAAAAUAUUUCACUUCAUCCUAAGGCUGCCAAAAUCAACAUGAUCUGAAAAUCCUUCACAGGAGCUUUAAGACACAUUUUCAAGUUGUAGUUGAAGGUUGGGCAAGAGAUCCACACUCUGAUAGCAUCAAAUACAUCAAGUUUUAUAGGGCAGAUUUUUUAUCCUAAAGCUCUUUGUCAUUCUUUAUAGCCAGGGUGGAGAUUUUUGUUUUACAGAUGGCUACAAAAAGUUCUGCACAGCUAAAUAAAUUUAAGUCCCAGUCCCCCAUUAUUCAACUCGGUGCAGUAUUAAGCCCAUAGCUCCCUGUCACGCUGGCUUUUGUAUGCUUAACACUGGCACUGACCUGAGAUGCCUGAACAAACAGCACUAGCUCUGGCAGCUUUGAACCCCCCCUCCCCCCUGGCCUAUUCUCAACACAGUCUUUUCUUUUGAAGUGCCAUUAGAAGGAUUUUUCCCCGGCUCUAUGGUGAGACUCUGCCCUAUCCCUGUAAAAUAUUGUGGUUUCCCUGCACGCUGCUGCUGCUGGCGGGUCGUUGGCUCAUCGGGUGACACUCCCCAGAGCAGCGUGAGGGCUUUCAUGGAACAUAUAGGCAAAUUCUGUUGCAGAGGGCCAUAUAUCAGUGAAAUGAGAAGGGAAAUUGGUGCAGAACGGGUGGAUUUCUACACAGAAAAGUUUUUUUACCACUUUCUAAAAAGCCUUUUAUUGUGUAACUCAAUGCUUGCCUAUAACUUUAGUGAAACACACACACAAUCUAUGGCUUAAAGCUUUCCACUUUCUAGGGUUCUGUCCCUUGAGCCCCAUCGUCAAAACUUCAACUUUGUACUUGUGGAGUUCGACUUAAAUUGCACGAGUUGACAAACUUUAUGUUGGAGUUGAAGCGUUUCUGGGACUCAUUAGAGCGCUGUCCUUCUUUGUAAUAUGUAGUGACACCAUAUCGACUGCUUAACCUUCUCUGUCAUAAGAAAAUAUUGACUGCAUGUAUGAAAUGUAUACACAGCCACGAGGUGCUUUUGAUCUACCAUCUUAUGUAAGCAAUUUUAUGACAGAUGAAAUGUGUAUGUACUCAGUUAAUGUAAUUGAGCCAGUCCCUCAGUAGCAGGCUUUGUUGAAUAUUUCUCUCUUGAGUGAUCGGGUAUAUAACAUGCGCGUAAUCAGUAGCAGAAAGGCAUAAAGGCCAGGUUGCCAAAUGCAACAUAAUGAAUGAUAAAACCUAAGUGACUUUGAUUCCCUUCAUCUUUUGUUUUCAGGGGGCCAUGCUUGAGUCUUUCUAAUCCUGCCUUUCUCUGCCAGAUUCUAAAUCUGUGUUGUAAACUUUUUGCUCAUUUUGUGUCUCCCUCUGUAGAGCUGUAUGGUUUUGAUGUGCUCAUUGACUCCAAACUCAAACCCUGGUUAAUAGAGGUGAAUCUUUCCCCAUCUUUGACCUGGUGAGUGACACUGUUAUAGCUCUUUUGAUUUUUAUUCAGUAUUUUGAAGAAACUUUUGUAAAAGGAUGGUUGUUUUCAACAAAGCUACUCAAUUUGGGAGGUUCUCCAUGAGCUUGCAUUCAAAAGUGAAUAAAGGAUAACAUGUAACUUUGCAAUCUUCACUCUGUGGGGAAUCUAAUUUGCGCAAUCACCUGCUCAGUGUAUAGUAUACUUCUUAUUAUCUAGAUACCAACAGAAACAAACAAAGUGAUGCUAAAUAUUGAUUUAAAUAAGAGUUUUUCUUUUUUUUUCCUCUUAAAGUUUUUAAGUUGACACUUUUAAUCAUAAUUGAUAAAAACUGUCACAACUUUUUACAUCAUCGCUCCUAUCACUACCACUUGUGGUCUAAGUUACAUUAUUGUUAUCAGCAACUAAAAGAUACACUCACUGGCUCUGCUGACGUUGCCUGGAUUGCAGGACUGGAUCUUGCUCCACAUAUAGGGGAGACCGGGGCUUGUUGUCACAUUGCAAUUAUUUUUGCCACCAGAGGGCCGACUAAAAAAGUGGAACACUAGUUUUAUUCCUUUACAUGGUCAGGGGUUGUGUCUUGUGAGCUGAGAUCAGCCCCAAUUAACCAUUUUGCACAACCCAAAGUUAAAAAAAAAUACUUUCUAUAGUUUAAAAUAAGCUUCUUCCAGAUAAAAAUCCUAACAGUGAUACAUGUGGACUUGUUAGAGGAGAGAUUAAGGCAUCCUCUCAUACCUCAGUCAUUGUUCUGUUUUAAGCUAACUUUAAGCGAGAGCUAGAAUAAGCAGACAUGGUAGUUUGGGGCAACAUGUCUCAGUUAUUUCGGGGUUAGUUGUCACAUGUUUAAAAGGGAUUAAAAUUAACAUACAAUCUGCUUAUCAGCAGUUGUCUUAUUGAAACUUUGACUUUAUUUUACAGUUAAAAGUAGUUUAAAGGAGAGGAGGAAGCGAGAAGACAUAGUCAGGAAUUUCAAAACACAAACAGAACGUAGCAGUGCAGUACCUGACGUGAUGCUGAGGGCAGUCAGACAGGUGACCUUAGCUAAUAAAUCAAUCUGGACUACAAUAAAGGACUUUAAUGUCAACUACCAUACCUUGGCUCAGUACUGCAAAACAUUCACCCCAGCCGAAAUACAGAGUCAGACAGCUCUCCAAACUCCAGAGCAUGCUGCAUAAUAUUUAAUGUUAACGUUUGUUCAGUGACUUUUUCAAGCUCAAUGAUAAACAUUUUCUGUGCCUGACUUUGAUGUUCACUUUCAUCCAAAAAAAUGAGAACAAUAAUAAUUUUGUUCUUGUUUUAUUAGCUGCAACAUCAACUGUGACAUCUUACCCCAUGUAGUGAGACAACUUACCCGAUGGUGGGGCAACAUGUCACAUGUUCACACUCUCUAUUUGAUUGCUUAUAACUCUGCACUGACACAUGAUAUGAAAAUGACAUGAAUACAAAAUAUAUACCUGGGACUUUGGUCUUUCAUCUGGUACACAUUUUGUUUAUAUAUGAUGUAUUGAUUUCAAGAAAUAAAUAAGAGUGUAAAAAGUGUGACAACAAGCCCCGGUCUCCCCUAUAUUAUAGAUAGUUGGGGCAUCUCAGGCUGCUCUCACAUCUGUGCCUGGCUACUGUCAUUAUUUCUCAACUCUUAAGACCAGCCUGAGAAGAAAAGUAACAUUUGUGCCAGAAUGUUUACCCGUUUACGUUGCCAGCAGUGUGAUGUGUGUGAUCAGAUUGUCCCUGGCAUCACUUUCUGAGAUUUAAUCACCAUUGUUAUUGGGUUUUGACCAAUCAGAAACAAUUGUGCAACACAGCCAGGUAAUAAGUAUUCAGCAAAAAUGUCACAUUGAAGGGAAAGGACAAAGAUGGAGCCAAAUGUUUUUUUCUUUUAGUAUAAAUGUAUGUGCUGAGUUUGUACAAACAGCAAAUCUGUGCCUUGUUAUGACAGCUCUACCCUCAGCUCAACACUGUGCAUGUGUACGUGUUGUCAUUUUUAUCUUUUCUUCUUUGUUGCCUUGUUGAAAAAAAAAAAAAAUCUGCUUAUUUACAGUGAUGCUCCACUGGAUCUGAAGAUAAAGGCCAACAUGAUUGCAGACAUGUUUUCGCUUGUGGGUGAGUACAUGCUGGAACAAUGGCUAGAUGCAAUACGAUUCCAGAGUUUUGCACAACUGAUUGCACUUCAUGGAUGUUGUAUAAAUUCAGGUUUUAUAGCUGAUGCUUAAAUCCAUUACACUCAUAAAUUAUAUGCUGGCAAAACAAAGUGCAUCAAAUCAGUAGACCAUAAAAAUCUAAGAACUGCUCUUCGACAUUUUAUGUUCAAGUGCAAGCCAUGCAUAAAUAGUGGAAGAGGAAAAAAUUAGGGUAAAUACAGCACAUAAAAACAAUAUCUCCAUCACCAGAGUGUAGAUGUUUGAAUAACAAAGAAUUGUUUAAAAUGCAGAUUAAGGCUGACACAUUUUGAGUUGGGUAGGAGCCUAUCAUAGAUUGACACUAAAUGCAAAAGAGUAUGAAAUAUGUAUUUAACAGAAAACUGAAAUGUAAAAUAUUUAAAAAUAUUUACUUUACUGUCAUUCAGUUCACUAGAAACGGUUCUUAUAUCAAUCAGUAGAAGCUUCUGCAAAUGACAAGUGUUUCUCUUAUUAUAUCCUGUAAUUAUUUUACUGGCCCUGCCUCAAACCAAUAGAUGCUUAUCUAGUCUUUAUUUUAGCCAGCAGGUUUAAAGCAGGUGGAGACAAUCGUCCAUUGUUUAUUGCUUAAUGUUUUCCUAAAUUCCUCUGGUAGAGUUUGUGCAAACUGCAGAUAAAAGCUGCACGGCUUCAUAAUGGUAGCUGGAGUGUUGAGAGAACAAACCACAGUCUUUCAUUAAUUGACAGUUAAUGACUUGCGGACAGGAUUUUCAACAGAGCCCUUUGUUGUUUUGAAGUCAUUAAGCUCUCUUAAGAAACUGGAUCCAACUUGUCAAAGUAAAAACAAUCUUUAGCAUGAAGACAUUAAAUUGCCCGGCCCAAGGCAGAGAAAAACACUGUUUGUGCUUCAAGGUUGCAGCAGGGACUUAGAUGUGUGUCUGUUAUGUCUACUCUCUUCUUAAUCACUCAAUUCUAAUGCAGAGAAAGAGCUUUGACGAUUUUUAAUGUGCAAGUUAAAACUGAGGGGAAUCUCAUAAUCUCUCUGAUAACACAUAGAGGUGCACACAGACAGUCUGAGCUUGUCUUUAUCCUUUUCCUUAUCCUUGAAAGUAAAAGUACACAUCGAUUAAGUAUUGUUCAAACAUUCACAUCUCUGAUUUUCCUCGUUACAAUUCACAGGGUGCACGGAGCCACCUGAUUAGCAGACGUCCAUCUAAGCCUGCACUGGCCUGUAAAUCUAUUUGCGCUCUCAGACUAACGAUAUUAAAGGAAUGGCAAUUGUGUGUGUGAGAGAGUGCAAAUAUGCAUGUGUGUCUCAGCCCAGGCCAUGCUGUGGCUUGAAACUCUCCCCUCAGGCUCAUUAAAUGAAAGAGUAGAAUCAUAAAUUGCCAGUUAUCUUUGGACGGAGACAUUACAGCGGGUUGAGGGAAAAUGAGCAGUGGCAUGUAAAACAUAGCACAUCUAUUAUGUACCUAACAAACUAAGUCACUGUUGGCUGAUAACACUUGGGACGCAUCCCAGACCUGUAGAUAAUGACAGCAUUCCAUUAGCAUUCAUUUUCUGCUUGUGUGCAACUGUCAGCUCCAUGUCACCCAUGUUUGUAAUAAUUGCUGAGCAUGGCAGGGCCUGGUUCUUACCUGACGGCUUGGAUGAGGUCGAACAAACAGCCCGGAGCUCCAAGAAUUAAUUUGACUCAAGUGUUGACUGAAGGACUCAGAGUUAUCAUGUUUCUAUAAAAAUUCACUUUCACACUGAUUAGCUUUGAGGAAAAUAUGAAACAUGUGAUCAGAGAUUUAAAUCCUAUUAAGUGGGUGGGAACAUGUCAGUGGGAAGUGUUACAGGUAUAUUCUAGUAAAGGACAGCCUUGGUGUUGUUUACGAUUAAAAAAAAGACAUGUUUAUGUACGUUAAUACCAUUAUUAGCCAAAAUCAGUUUGAAAACAAAAGUGCAGAUUCACAAACUUGUCUUCUCUUAGUUGAAAUGAAUCAUGUUUUUAACUCAGGACUGAAAUACAAAGUAAAAAUGUUUGGGAUUGCAUAUUAAUCAUGGCUCAAUUAGCAAUUAGAGUCAUGUAAAAAAGAAAAAAAAACAUUGUUUAACAUGUAGUUUUAACAUUUUAACAUUUAUAGCCCCGUUCCCCUCGCUCAAGUUUAGAUCCUUGCACCAACAUCUGAUGUAAUACAUUACGAUCAUGGCAGUGAGCAACAUAUUUAAGACCUGAUGUCAUAGAUAUAAGCUUUAUAACUCCUCUGUGUCUCCGCAGGCUUUGUUUGUCAGGACCCCCUAUCAAGCCAUCCACGCUCUGGCCGAGUCACCCUGAAGCACCCAGCAGUCCAAAAAGUCCAGGUACUGAGCACUCACACACGCACACACACACACACACACACACACACACACACACACACACACACACACACACACACACACACACACACACACACACACACACACACACACAGCACAGACCCAGGCAAAGCAGUGCACUCAUUCACCCCUCCUUGUGAAACAUUCCCAUUCUUGUCUUCACCUCUCUGUUGCUUACUCUACAUUCCUGCCACUGCCAUUGAGCUCUUCUCAUACCCUCAUGGAAAAUUCACUGUAAUGCAAAACAACUGCUAAUGUAAUUACCUUGUUUGAGUGACAUCAGUUUGUAAGUGCUAUGCUCUCUGACUUAUUGUUUUAUCAUUUCUACUCAAAUGACUAAUUCUCUCUGUAGGGCCUGUUGCCUAAUGAUGCCACAAGAGCUAACGCACUCGGCUCUGUCUGCUCGACUACUGCACCCACAUUUGGCGCUAGAGGGAGAUUACGAAAUCAGACUCCACCUUACAUUGUGUGAAGGGCCAGUUUAGAUGAAAACUAACAAUGCUGUAUUGUUGCACGUUAAUGUAGCAUGCUAUUGUCUUGUGUUGUUAAGCUAACUUUAGUGCCUACACUCACUGUCUUCCUCCUUGGCCUCUUAGAAACUAUAUUCUACACCGGUAGGCGGUGCACGCAGAAAAGUGGUGAGUUCUCCUCAGACUCAGACAUAUUAAUCUUCUUUUGCCUUGUUCUUUUUUCCAAUCCCCUGAUGCCUGUUCCAUUGCUGGUAAGAAAUUGCUUUCUGCUUUUUGCUUAUUUGAUUAUGUUGCCUUCCGAUUUUUCAAAGUGACAGACAGACCGCUUUUAUUGAUUCCUAAUGCUGUAUUGAGAAUUCUCAUUACAUUAGCAACCUCAAUAAAAAGGGCUUUUAAUACUGCAAUGUAUCACUUGCAUAGAAACUCAGAAACUUUUUCAUUAAAGCUCUCGGUACUUCAGUUGUAUCUAAAACAAGUCUGGCACCAAACCAAGGGCUGUCACAGAUGUUGUUUAAGACUCCAGGGGCCUUCAGACAACCCGUCCUCUCCUUUUACUUUUGAUGAAGGCCAACAGUUGGGUCUUUUUCUGAAGGAUUAGGCCUUGUCACUUUUUGGCUGCCUUUGUAUCCCCCCAGCCACGUCGGACAAAUUAAAUGUAAUCCCCCUGCUAUUUGGAUGACAAAUUCUGUGCGUGAUCCUGUGGGGUUGUGCCCCCCCUGGCUAGGCCAAGUUUCAGCCUGAAUGCCAAAGUUGUCAAUCAAAGCCUGGUAGUGCAUGCAGUGGGGAAGCAGCCAGGCAUUGCCCAUGCACAACAAAAAUGCUCCAUUUAUGAAAUGAAGGAAAGAAGAGAGGGUAUAUUGUGUUAAAGGAAGUGCAGCUUGGGCAUUUUUCAUUUAUAAAUGCAGAUCUAGUUUCCAACUUACAGAUUGAGUGUCAGUAAUAGACUUCUCUAUCAACUGUGUAAGAAUUUCAGCUUUCCUACAAACUCAAGUUAAAAAAUUUGUCUUUUGUUUGAACCUGAGCGAGAAAAGGAACAGCUAUAGAUGGUCUGAUCUGAUUAGAGUGACAUUGUCAAAACUCCCCCUAUAGCGCCAGGGGCCUGCAUUAGCCAGUAACUCGGAAACAGAGGGGUCCAAAGACAAGCCAGGACCCAAACAAUGCCAAAAAGACAGCACCCCAAGCUUAACUGCAGAGGAGGUAAAGCCUUAAGUGUGUAUUUUAUUGAAUUACGACAUUAAGGGAUAUCCAAAGGCACAUUAAGUUUGUAAAACUGCACCUAUGUUUUCUUCCAUUUACACAGAUCGAAGUGCUGCACAGGACAAAGGAAGAGAAUGAGAGACGAGGAGGCUUCAUCAGGAUCUUCCCUACCACAGAAACCUGGGCGCUCUAUGGGUAAGCUGAGUCUGGCAGGAACAGACGGAUCACUUUUGAUCUUCAUGGGUGAAGAAACUCAUUGUUAAAACUGACUUUAAACAAUCUGGGCAUUUAGGCUAAAGUAAUGCUAUAAUACCUGCAGCCAGACCAUACGACUCCUCUUGUCUGUCAGUAAUUGAACCAGCAGGCUAAUUAUAGAAACCAUUGACAUGUGAAAACAUGGACAUCGUUUAAGUGAUGUCAGCCACUGGUUUCCAAAGAAGUGUUGUGAAGCCCAAUGAUUGCAGAUGUCAAAUUGGAAAUGCCAACUCCAAAUAGCUUCCAGCUAAUCUGGAAACAGGAGAAGAGGUGAAAUUGAGGCUACAGCCUUGCUGCCUGGUGAGGAGCUACAGUGCACUCACCUGUCAUUUAAAUCAGCCAUGAACCUAAUUAUGCAUAAUUAAGGAUAACUCUUAGUCUUGAUAUAAUCAAAAAGGAUCCUUUUAAAAAAAAUUCUACCUUUAUACAGUUCUCAAGAAUAAAUAUUUAAGGUGUAAUGACCAAAAAACAAUUUUGAAACAGGCAGUAAAUGUCUAUAAUAUAUGCAUUUGGGAGCCAGCAGGCCAAAAUUAGUUGGGAUGCUGAGUAAAAUGUUGACAAAAACAUAUUUAUAUUGUUUCCAAAUCAUUUAAAAACUUUAUGCUUCUGACUGAUUAGGUUCAUUUGCAGCAGGUUAGAAGUAUGAUUGGAUACAAGAGGUUUAGUCUUUUUCAGAGGUAAAGAUGGGAUGGCGAUCACCGCUCUGUGAAAGACGAUGUGAGCAUAUAGUUGAACAAUUUUAGGAUAACGCUCCUCUGUGUAAACUUGCGAAGAAUUCAAGGAUUUCAUCAACUACUUUACAAAAUAUCAUAAAACAUUUAGAGAACCUGGAGAAAUUUCCUAAAAACAGAGACAAGGACUAUAACCAAUACUGGAUGGCUGGGAUAUUUGGCAGUACUGCUUCAAAAACGUAAUGCUGAAGAAAAUCAGCGCAGGGGCUUAAACUCACACCUAAAAAACAAUAAUCUAUGAACAAAGUUUAUCACUGCAUCCAUAGGUGCAGAUUAAAACUGCACCUUGUGAAAAGAGAACCACGUAUAAGUAUGACCCGGUGAUAACAGUAACGUCUCUUGGCUUGAGCCAGUUUAAGAUGGAUUGAUGUGAAGCGAAAAACUGACCAAUCAAAACUGGAAAUCAUGCAUGACUCUCUCUGCUCUAAAUAGCAGAGGGACAACCCUGCCUGGUAUGGGAAUGCAUGAGGCCAUGGCACGGGUAGCUUACACAUCUGGGUAGGCACUAUUAAUUCUGAACAACAUGCGAUAUACAGUAUACAGAUUCUGGAACGAUGUGUGCUGCCAUCUAAACAAUGCCUUUUCCAUGGAAGAGCUUGCACAAUCCAGUAAGACAAUGCCAAACCACAUUGUGCAUAGAGUACAACAGCAUGGCACCUUAGCAGGAGAGUCCAGGUGCCAAACAAGACCACCUACAGUCCUGACUUUUUUCACAUACUGAAAACACUUGAACACAACAAAUGGUGCAUUCCCUAACGGCUGUAUCUGAAUACUUAUUUCACAAAGUGUUAUGUUAAGAUAUUUGCUGAAAAAAGGUGUCUCUUGAUUGUUUUUUUAUGUUUUGUAAUACUCUUAAUAUCUUCUUCCCUCAGAAAAUAUCUUGAUUCCAUGACAUCACUGAACAACAUGCUGGCUAACACACUUUUCCAGGAAAGGUAAGCUUUCCACUGUGGUUGGAAUUGAGGAAUAAAUCUCUCCAUCAGUUUGUGGAAACGGUUGCUGUCUUUGUUUGGUCUGUCCACUGGAUAGGUGAGGGGAACAGCUGAUGAUGAGAUGUUGCACAGUCACCAUUUCCAGCUUGUCUAUGUGGCAUAAAUUUGAGAGUUUGGGGGCAGGAGGAGAAAGACAGUUAGAGAUGAGUUGUGCCUUUUUACUGAACCUCAUCCUUGUUAUUGCUUUACAACAUGCAUUUAUGAAAUUUGAAUGAGUAUGGCCUUUUAGGUUUUAACCACAGCUUUUACUACAGCACGAUAUUUUAUGGAGUUUUGGCACCAAAUAAGCCCAUUUAUGAUUUUUCCAUAUUCAUUAUUUAGCCAGAUUAGGGAGACAGUUGUUGCUCUAAGACCUCAGUUGCUGUUAUUUUUUGCCAUUAAUCCUCUCCUCUUUGGACCAUCACUAUUUCUCACGUCAACUUUUGGAAAAGCUACGAAACCACACUGUCUCAGAAAUGGCUUUAGUUAAAGUUUGUAACCAUGGCUCUGUAAUUGUUGAUGAUCCUCAUAGAAAUCACUCUGUUGUUAUUUUCAUUGUGUUGACAUGUCUUGUUCUUCUGUUCUCAGAAAUGUGAAUGGGAAUGUGCAGCUGCAGGUGGACGGUUGUCAUGCUGUCCAGUACGAGAGGAAGCUGCGACCUCUCGAGGAACGUAAGAGGACACAGCGCCACCUGACUCAUCGCUCUGCUGCUGGGAGGAAGAAAUCUGGUAGGCCUGACGUGUAUUCAGCCCUCCAUUCAGGAAACGUCUUUUUUCUAAAACUGGGGAUUGUGUAGCUAAGUGGGACAACAUCACAUGCUAAUGCACGUUUGUUUCCAAUAAAUAACUCCCCUGUGUCACGGUAAGGUUAGCCAAAUAUGACUCUGAAUGAGUUCAUUUCAUUGCUGCAACAAUAAAACUCUAUUUUGAGUGCAUGUGUGUAUUUGAUUCAAAAUGCCAGUGAUGCAACUGACAUUUGUCUUUCCUUAAAAUGCUGCAUACCUCAGGGAAGCAAUCCAAGGCCUCCCCGAGUGUGAGCAGCAGUCAGGAGGGAGAAGAGGGAGAGGAGGUGAAGCAAGUCCUCGAGCCAGGCUCACACAAGGCUUUGGUAGCAGAGCAAAGAAAACAAGUGGCCACACCACUGGAGCGCUGCCACGGUGAGGCUCUGUCCAGCUCAGAGGCAGCCGCGCACAGUGCCAGGCCUACAGUCAACCUGCUCCACAUCCUUCAGCAGGGCUGGGACCUCAGGUCAGUCUGGAUUCUGGGCUGCUGCUCAAACUGGCUGCUGCUCACCUCUUCCUCCCCCUACUGUAUUUUCCGCCUUCUCAAUUUCCCCCCUUUCCAAAAAAAAAAAAGUAGAAAUAAGUAACAAUAAAGAGGUUGAGAAGGAAUGUAGGCCAUCUACAUAGCUGAUGUAUUUUAUGAGUACGUCAGUAGACAGAGAUAUUUCUUCUAUUCACUGUGAACCCCUCUCCAAAUUUGAGUCUACUAUUUAUCUGCUUGCAGCUAGAGGUGGGGAUUUAAUCCCAUCUCCACUGAGGACCUAGUUCCUCCUUUUCCAAAUCUGAAAGCGAAUAUUACUUGUAACGUUCAGAGUCUGGUGGUUUUUCUAUCCUAUUGUUAUCUCAAAUUGAGACACGUCAUCUAAAUCAAGUCAGCGAUGCACAAACCAAUGCUGUUUGCCCGGUAAAGUUUUUGUUUAAACAAUUAUGAAGCAAAAUAAUUUAUUGCAAGGGUGGAGACACAACAAGAAUAAUCAAGCACACAAGCGCUCUGUAUCGAAUUUAACCAAAAGGCAAAAAACUCUGUAAACUCUGCUGCUGUUGCUGCUCGAACAGCCACCCUCCUCCUCCACUCUUACGCAGUUGUAAAAGCCCGAAACAUGAUAGAAGCUAGAUAGCUUCUACUACCUGGCUGAAUGAGGUGACAUGGGGUUACACGAUGAUGUAUUCAAGGUAAGGUCUAUAAGAUAUGAAAUUAAUUAUUCUUUUCAGAUACGAACAUUAACUUAUGGAGCUUUAAAAGCUAUCAGGAGUGUUAAAAAAAUGCAUUAGCCUAUUGUCUCACUUUUCCACCAAAUAACAAAGGAGGAAAAAGUGAAAACAGUAAGACUCAGAUUGCAGAUAAGACUUGAUAUUGGCAGCAGUAUCCAUCAAAAUGAUCAGUGUCUACCCCUACUUAAAGCUCAUUUGUUGACUGCCAAUUUUUUUUUUUUUUUGCAGUUGUGCGAAAAAAAAGUUGCAAUUGUAUUUUUAAUUGCUUUGUUGCUUUACACUUAACAAUGUGUAUUCUUUCACUUUGUUCUAUAAAACAGACUUUGAUAGUCCCAAACAAUUAUCACAUGUAUGAAACAGUAAGUAGGUCUUUUUCUACAACCAUACAACUACAUGAGGGGUUAAAUACAGACAUUCAAGUCCUUAAUAGGGGAUUUUCAGUGUCUUAUCUCUGAAGUCAUGUUGCUUAAUGUAUUUCUUGUUGAGCUUUACUAUAUGUCAAACACACACUUCUUUAACCGUUUUAAAGACUGCAAUCUUGUGUUUGUUUAAGGAGUGUGCCCAAAUUAUAAUUUGGGAAAGAAUUACAAUAACAAGUCUGACUUUGUAUAAAUUCCUCAGUGCUUGCCAGGACUGUUCGUGUUGUAGGGAAAUUAUAGUAUGCCAUCAUCAUUGUUUUGCAUUUGACAGCUUUUUCCAAAACAGUUUUUUUUACACUACAACCUUCUGACGGUAAUCACUCCAGGUUCACCUGGGCCACAGAGACAGCUUAUCAUCUCAAUAGCAGCGCAGAACAUGAUACACAGUGUCUCAACAACCUGUGGUGGGGAGUGAUACAUACCUUUUUUUGUUGUCUCUUGCUUUUCUAGUCGAUAUGUCAGCAAAUUAAAAUGAGUGUAGCUGCUUUUUUCCUGAUGUAACAGAUGUUUUUCAGAUUCAGCCUUAGCUUCGUCAUCUUAGCUGCCAGUUUCAUCUACUGCUGCUUUACUUUUGUUCUUGCUGAUUUCUCUCUUCUUCCCUUCUCCAGUAAAGUGCAGGCCCGCGUGGCUUUUUCCUCGUACCUGCAGCGAGUUCAGCAAAGACUGUUAGCAGAGAGCAGGGCCUACACCAUCCCGGCUUGUCCAGAAAAGGACAAUGACCAAAUGGUAAAAGGAUGAACAUUUUUUAUCCUCCCUGGACAUUGUUUCCUCUUAAUGUAUACAUAUGGUAUACGCCAGAUUUCCCCUUAUUAUUAUCCAGUUACUCAUACAUACCCUGGCUGCAGCUGUAAUGUAAACGAGGCCGUCUGGCCACAUUGAAGGAAAACGUGGUCUCUGCUAAAGUCAGCCUGAUUGGAAAGUCUGCAUUGUAGAGGCAUAAAUCAUCGUCAUCAUCAUCAUCUGUGACCUCAAACUUUCGGGGAAAAUCAAUUUGAACUCGCAAAGUGGAUCUCUAGGCCAUUAAAUUCAAUGUUGCAAUGUUUUAAAUGGCUUUAAACCGAGAAAAAGGAGAACACACACAUACACACACGGGCACUUUAAAAAAAGCAGCAGGACGAAUCAGCGAGUCAAUGCACUGAUAGUAAAAGAUGUUUUCCGUCUGCACAGGAGCUGGUGAUUCGUUUCCUGAAGAGAGCAGCCAGUAACUUCCAACAAGACAUUAAGGUGGUCUUGCCCAGUCGCCAGCUUCCAUUCCAAGACCGCAGACGAAUCCUGUCCCACCAGCUGGGGGAGUUAAUUCACUGUUACAAUAAGGUACAGACUAAUGCUCAACCACAAAAUCCCAAAAUUAAGAGGUGAUGCCAAGAUGGAAAACACUGUGAACAUGCUUUCUAAUCUUGUCACAUCUUCUCAGGAAACUGAUCGUAUGGUGAAAAAACAAGAAGACAGCAAAGAAGACCAUUUUGUCAACCCUAGUGUGUUUCAAGAGUACAUCUCCACAGCCAGGUUUGUGAACUGGCAAGCCCACAAACCAUUGUUCCGUUCAGAAGCCUAUACUGUUCCAGUUGUAUGUGCUACUGUCGGAAAAAUCAGCUCAACCUGCUUUGUACAUUCAUCUCCUGUCAUCUUUUUAUUUAUUCAUUCAUUUUUUCAACAGUGAAAGUGAUCUGGAAGAAGUACUGACAUUCUACAUGCAGAAAAGUAAGCUCUUCUGUUUCUUUUUCCAAAAUUCACUUUUACUGUACAUCCAAUCUUUAAACUCAUCAGGUAUUAUUGUCUAACAGCUGUUUGUGCCUUUCUGUAUGGUGAUCUCUGUAUUUCCACUGUAGCAGCCAGGCAGUGGUUAGUGACUUCUGGUCAAGACUCCUUUUUUGUAUGUUAUAUUUGUUUACCAUCCAAGUUGCAACUGAAGAAGUUAAUGCGUACUGAAAGCUAAAGUAAAGCCCUUUCAGAUAUGUCUACAUGUGAAAAGUGUCAUAAUCUGGCUCAUUAAGUCCCCAGGAAAGGUCCUCAUCUGUUUCUGGUGAGUGUCAGUUUUACUGUAAAUAGAGGAUUCAUGCUGGCUAAUUUCAGUGGAAUGACCCUUUUAAAAAAAAGGACAUUCUUGUGACACACUUGCAGAUGAGUAAGUCUUGAAUUCUUUCAGAAAAAAACAAAUUAUGCAGAUUUUCAAGAAGUUGAAAUGCAAACUUUUUCAGGUAAACUGAAAAAAUACCUAACUCUUGAUACAUUCAAGGUCGUCAGGAAAUCAAGAUGCCGAUUGGCUUUUUUGGCAGUUUCUCCAUUUAAGCUGCAAAUUCUUGACCUUGAAUGUUUUGUUAGCUGCGCUUGGAUGAGGAUAUCUGUUUAUAGAGGUACAAAAUAUUUUGUCAGAUUACUGUCGAAGGAUGUCAGGUAUUACGCCUUGGCUUUUGCAUGGACUGUUUUCCCCUGCAUACAUGCCUGCAGAGACACGAUUAGUCAAUUCUACUUGGACCACAAACCUGCUAUAAACAAAAACCAGAACACUUCUAAUGCUAAAAUCAAGACCCCCAACAACAGAUUUCUAUGUUUUUAUGGUGAAUUAGUAAAUACAGAUUACUGUAGGCCUGGUUUCUGUUUAAUAUUUUAUCAUUCAAGCACAAUAAACAGGAUUUGUUUAUCGUUGUAAAGUCAAGAGGAAAACGUUGAGUCAUCUGGGGUGAAGAUAAGGUUAGCUUUCAGUGAAUGGUGCUCACAGAGGGAAAACAAAUGUAUGUCAGGGUGGAGGAAUGGCUCACUGAUGAUAAAAGAGCUCUGGCUUCUGUCCUCUUUGAACAGCUCUGCCUGUGGCCCAGGAGGAUUCCAGUGCUUCAGAGUCCUCGCUCUUCACAGGGGAAGUCAGCAGUGACCCAGACAUUGAGGUCUCUGAAAACCAGCCCACUGUCUGUGCUCUGCCAGAAGAACAAGCGGCAGUUAGAAGUAGUAAAACCCAGCCCGAGGUCCAGGCCUCCCAGCACUGCUCUAGCUCCCCUUUGACUUUGGACUGCACCCAUAUUUAUCAUCAGCAUUGCCCCCCCAACACCACAUCCCUGCCCCUGCAUUGUCCACCACCACCGCCACCACUAUCUCCUCAGCCACCGUCCUACACACAGUCCUUGGCAAGGUCUCAGUUCUGCCAUGCUGAGGGUCUCUCUGAACCUCCUGCGUACGCCUCCACUGUCAUGGUCACACAGCCUCCAAGAGCAGAGUGGACAGAGGUGUCUUCUGGAUCUCAUACCCUCUCUACAGGGCACCCAACUCAGUCCUUUACCUCAUCAACACCCAGUUCUGGGGCAGCCUCGUUCUUACUCAGACCUACACCAGAAUGCCAAGGUAAACUCUCGACUACUUGCUGUUGUUUUAUAAAAUUCACUCCCAUGUUCUCACAUUUAUCUCUUGUUGUUCUCUCAUCAGUGAUCAAGAAGAAGAAGGGGAGCUCCAUUGAGGUGAGUUCUUUAUGUUUUUAUGCCAACAGGCAAGAAAAAGAGGCCAUGUUGAGCUGUGCAGCAACUGUGAGCUGAUGGCUGUGAUGUUUAGUGUUAAGAAGAAGAAGAAUCUGGCCCCUGUGCAGUAGUCUCUCACUGUGAGGUCUGUGAUAUUCCUCUUUGUUGAUGUGUAAACCUGGCUCUGACCCCAUGCUGAUUGGCGGCAUCUAGCUGCUCAUUCAUUCGUUCUGUAGACCUGUUGGAGCCGGAGGGUCUGCUGCCCCGCACAGUACACCUUCCUCCUCCUCCAGUUCCUGACUCAACUGCUGUCUGUGGGCUUGGGUUGGUGCUCAGGAGGGUGAGGGAGGCGGGGGGGGGGGGGGGGGGGGGGGGGGGUCUGGAACUGGGAGAUUGUAGCUGACUGGCCCAAAACAGUGGUGAGCCGCAUCAAGCGUCAGCUCUGUGUGAGGUCUCAUUAUCAGAUGCACCAUGGGGGAGUGAUUUCUGUUGAUACUUAAAAAAGCAGCUUCUUUUUUGUGGUAAUUGAUGCUUAUAAAUAGAGGAAUGUGGCAAAUUGGCACUGAGCUGGGGGAGCGGCAGCUCCGUUGGCUCCAUCACCACCUUCUGCUAUAUUCCCCAAAGGUUUGUCAUUCCACAUGGGGAGCCCCGCAAACUUCUCUCCCUCCUUCAUCUCUUCCUUCUCCUCCUCCUCUGCCUGAGUGGAUUUUUUCUGUCAAAGUGUUUUUUUGUGAUGGCACCAGACCACACAGACUGCUGAUUUUUAUGGCUCCCUUCAGACUGUACAUUUUUCUGUCCAUCUGAAAGGUGUUUGCUGUAUUUCAUAGAAUACUUAAUCCUGGACUUGGCAGCAGUUUAUUUUGCAAAGUUAAACAGUCCAGUGUUUUGCACUUUAAGGUUCAGGGUUCAUUUUGUGUUAUUUUUUCAAGGCCUCAGAUUUGAAGUCAUUAAAUCAGUUGCUGCACUGGAGGGAGAAUUUGGGGAACUUGAACAACACCCUGUUGCACUAGCUGACCUCUAAGGUUUCAGUAAUUACUCCCUCUCUUUCUCAUGCUAGGCCACUUGUAUACAAACAGUAAAAUUGAGUAAAGCCAGGCAUGGCCACAAGGUUGAUAUACUCCUGUGAUGUGAUUUUUAGGUUUUAGGACAUACAUGGAUCUCUCUAGUGUCACACACUGGUGUUUGUUUUGAUCUCACCACAUAAUGUAUGACCUUUCAUCUGAAAACCUCAGCAUUAUUGGCACCUUCAUUUGUGUUUGUAUGAUCACAACCAGUCUGCUUCUGUAAGUUACCUACAAGUGUGGCUGUAUAACACCACACCAACAUAUUUUUAAUGCCAAGACUUGGCAGCAUUACAAGUUUCCCAGUGGAAAUUAACUGCAGUGAAGGAAAUCAGGUAAAUAUAACACUCCAGUAGUAUAAUUAAUUCUCCUUUAGAUUUCACUGAACAUUAUUCACAUGGCAGUACAGGGCAGGACUGAGGGGCAGUUUUUCCUCAAGUCCUGAUGUGGCUGUAAACAGUUUUCAAGCUGGCAGUUCAUGAUAGCUGAUCCUACCAGGGAUGAAGAACAGGGAGGGGACCACCUGGAUUUAGUGCUGAGUGGAGACUAGCUGUGCCAUGUGCUGUGUGUACAUUUCACAUAGCCCCCAGACACACAAGAUUGAAUGGUGCAUGUAGGGAGGAACAGUAUAUGAAAGCUUAUUCAUUGAACGUUUGCUCUGCUGUAGACAUUUGGACGCCUAGAAGUUCGUUGUUUGAUUUAAAUCUUAUUGAAGUUUCCUCCUCUUUUCACAGUUGACCAGCCUGAAUAAAGCCAGCAGGAUGCUGGGUGAAGAGAGCUUCACACCGAAUCCUGAAGUGCUGCACACCGCUGCUACGACCCAUCAGCCAGUGAAAGCUGUUAACUCUGGAAAGGAUCACUGUGACACCAUUAGGUGACUUAACAUUUGACCAAAAUUAUUCAGCUGCUUUUUACAGCCAAAUAAAAACCCACUGGGGAAAGUGCACUGCUAAUGUCAGCUGGUGGUCUGUAUAGCUUGAUAGCUGCUUGGCUAAAGUUAAUUAAACAGCAUGUAAAUGUAGAUGUUGGUCCCGGCUUUGUUACAUACUGGAGUUGCCCUUACUUUUUAGUUCCACUACACACACACACACAUGCCAUCCCUGCUUGCUACUUUUUCUCAACACAUUUCCCUUUCUGUUGAAAAUGACUAAUCAUUACCUUCAAGUACUUUAUUAAAGGUACAGUAAGUAGAAUUUAGUUGUAUUUGAAGGUCCCCAACAAGAAGAUUGAGCAGCAAUAUGAUCGGCACACAUCACUGAAUAUGUCCAUUUAUACACUCUGCACCUUUUAGAUAAAGUUGGAACAAUCUUGACAUCAUUUCCUUCAAAAAUGAUGAAUUACUAAAGCCUCUUUUUUCACACUUCAAGAAAACUCCUGAAAAUUCCCCAACUUUAUUGAAUUGGGCUGCAUGUGAGAAUAACUUUGGCUCAAUUUUCAGAACACCUUUAUGUAAUGCAUUGGUUUGUCGAUCCGUGGGGGUGGCAGAGACAGAAUUGUGGCGUCAACCUUGUUGCUGAGGUUCAAAGCAUGUUUUUUCUCAGAGAGCCUUUGGUUUGAAAAGUCAUACUUAAGAGUAGUCAGUCUUCAUAGUGUACACAGCCCGCUUAGUCAUACUCAAUACAGUCGAAUGGCUUUCUAAAUGGUCUUUGACAACUUUUUAGAUGGAGGAUUAUUAGUCUUUGGUCAAGAAUUUUAGGUUGCCCACAGUUCAAUGGGCAGACUGGUUCAAUACUCUGGAAACAGGCUUUUUGUUCCUGUUUUUGACUGUGCUAGUUGGACCUGAGUGAGACUAGGAUUGGCAGCUGAGUGCAGGAAGAGUGUGAAGCAUGCUGGCAUAGUGGAGGAGGAGGUGAUGAGGGGGCAAAGUCAACACCCACACAGUCUGUCUACUACAGGCUUUUGCCUCAGUGACCAUUCCCCUGCCGCUUCACGUUGCUCUGAAGAGACAAGGAAGGAAACAGAAAGACUGAGUGUGAUCCCAUAGUCAUGCUCCAUGGUAUCAUGCCAGGGUAACAAAGUUAUUGGCUACUGUGAGAAUAAUUCAUUGAAGGAUAAGCGUCUACUCCCUUUUUAUUUUUGUCUUGAUACGUGAGUGACAAUGUCUCAGACAGCUUGGCCUUGAUCUUGGACUCUGUUUUUCCAGUUCAGCCCUUCCUUUUGUAUCAAGCUGUCAGAGAAUUCCUGGAAUGUCUGGCCUUUUUCGUUUUUUUGCAAAGUUUUUUUCCAUAAACCAAGACAAGAGAUUUAAUAGAAUCUGUAAUUUUUUUUAGAUAGACUCAUGUAGCUUUAACAUUUGAUACAGAGGAAACAGAAGUUGCCUUUUGAUCUUUGGUGUACCUAAGAAGCUCUUCUGUUUUCAUAUAUCCAGCAUUCAUUCUCCAUAUAAAGCUCGUGUCUUAUAUUUUUCCUGCCGGCUCAUACAUUGUUUUGGCACAUCAUAAAUCAGAAGUUAAUUUGGUGUAGGUUAACUUAUCGCCCGUUGAAAAAUUAGGUUACUAUAGGGGUAUACAGUAGCAGCUCACUUAUCCUAUAUGGCCCCACACAUUUACCGAUUCAUCAUUAAAAAAAGCAAAAGCCUGACAUUUACCUCUUAUAGCAGUAAAACGUGUCUUUUAAGAUAUAAGGUUAAGUCGCCUUGAUUUUUCACCUUAGUGCUGUUUCUUAUAACACAGAAUUUCCUGAGCACCCCCCCCCCCCCCCUUUGCUCAGGCUCAGGGUUUGUGCCAAACAUGCUGAAGCUGUUAAGCACACUGGCUCUUUAAGCAACCACAGGGGUGAAGUAUGAUGGGUUUCAAAGAGGAGCACGGCUCUUUGAAGUGCCGCUGCCAGGAUCUACCAGGUAUGCUGCGUCAGCACUCUUAGAGCUGCUGCCUCACUCUGCUGCCCGUCUUUCUGCACCCACAACUUACUUUGGGGUCAUUUAUAUUGUCGAAUCUUAAAAUAAGUUUUAGUGUAAGCAUUUUAACACCGGGAAUAACAGCAGAUAGUAACUCUGACAGUUAUGUAGUUUUGUAUCUACUUUUUGGCUGAUUAAUCUUAAGUUUGAAGGAUUUGGUUGCCUCCACAGUUUGUGAUCCAAAAUAAUUUUUAACUGAUUUAGUCGCUGGACAUAGUUGGCUCUCUCUGUUUGUAUUGAUCAUGUGAUUAUCCAUUAUAGUAUCUUGAGUACCAGCAGUCUGGACACACUAAUUGCUGCCCCAUUUUCUUUUCCCUGUUCCUACAAAUGAUCGUAAACUCUCAUCUCUGCAAUGCAACAUUCAUUCCAACACAGUUUGAACCACAACUUGCAUUAUGUGGAGUAUUUUUAGUUCUGUCCAAUAUUUUGGUACAUUGUUGUUUGACUUGGUUGAAUAUUACACAGACUUACCAUUCCAAAGGGGUUGUAUGACAGCCCAGUUGGAGGAGCAACAGCUUAACUAAUCAGAAAAAACUCUGGUGAGAAUUUCAAACUUCUUUGAUGGUGGAAAAAGUUUCCACAAAAUUGGUUUGAUGUGUCUCUUCCUUUGGAUUUAAAGCAGAGGUUUUAUUCACUUUGAUUCAAACCAGAUGUGGUUAAAGGGAGAAGAACCCUUAAGGUAAGAAUGACAGAAAUUCCAGUGAAUGGAACUAAGUUAUUCAGCAUAUACGAGCACUUACACAGCAGUACAAAUCUCAUUCUGUGCAGGACCGAGGCGAUGCAGCCACUCUCAAGUUUGUCAAAACAAGUCAUUCCUAAGUUAAUUCUCAGGCUAAUGCAAACAAAUAUGGCACUUAAUAACCUGGUGGUUUACUGAGUAUGUGUUAAUACAGUAACUUUGAAAGUGUUUUAACUGGUAGGAUGGUUGCAUGGAUAUAUCUGUACAGUCAUCCAGUCAAAAACACUUUAAAAAACAACAGGAAGUCUCUGAAGUCCUAACAGCUGUAAUAUCAUUUUAAAUACACGUUACCAGAGGCCAAGAAGAAUGUUUGCUGUCAGUUAUUUGUAAAUGUAGGUACUACUUAUAAAAUUUGGUCAUUUAUUAUUAUUUUUUCUAAUUUAUUGUCUUUUCUAUGUUGGAUUUUAUUUUUAAUUUAUUGUGAUAAAUAUGUAAUCUUCAUAAUCUUUGUCAAAGAGCUUCUCCAUCAUUGGAAAGCUCAGAUGCAGCAUUCAUCACUUGUUUUAGAUAAGGUGAUAAACAAAGCACAAAGCUCUGCACCAAACUCUGAAUUAUUCGAACAGCCAUUAGAGUUGUCAUUUAUAUGCAGCUGUUGUAACCAGCUCCAGUGUUAUGAUAAAAAAAUCAAGUAAUUGAGUUUUGAUAUUUCCCUGUAGCCAUUACCAUACCUGGGACUGAAAAUGUAAUGUAAUUUCAAAAGUCUGUUCUGUGAAGUAUCUUUUCUUCUUCCGGUUAAAAAGCCUUUUCUCAGAGCUCCUUUGAGGUACACCCACAUCGCAACUUCUGGUGUGAAAGCAUAAAGCCAAUACAGAAGUUCAAAUGGUUGACUGAUUUCAGUUUUUCAGGGCCGAUACUGAUUAUUAUGGUAUUAUAUUAUUAUUAUUAUUAUAAUUAUUAUUAUUAUUAUUAUUAUUAUUAUUAAUAAUAAUAAUAAUAUUAUGAUAUUGAAUUUCCCUUUGGGGAUAAAAUAAAGUUAUUCUUAUUCUUAUUAGUAGUUCAACCAAUAUGCACCAGCAGUUACGACAGUAAAACACAAACUUUCUGUCGUUAUGUAGAAUUUAGAGUUUCACAAACUACAACACAAAACUUUGUUGACAUGCCUUCAAAAAAGAUUUACUCAAAAUUGAAACUUUCAACAGCGUGUACAGGAAUUAGCAGUUAACCAGUUAUUCCUACGUGCAGUUAUGUCACACAGCCGUAUGAUGUCCAGAUGGUGUUGUGGGAGGGACACUAGAUGAGCGACAUAAUAAAAACACCUUGACCAGCAGCAAAGCCAAAACAGAGCACUUUUUAAUUAAUGAAUUUUUAUCGGCCAUCUAUAGAAAAAAACAACCAACACAUUCAAUAAUCACACUGAUAACUGCAGUUUCUCAAGUGUCCGUUUGAAGCUGACAAACCUAUCUAGUGUCUAAAUUCUUGACAUCUGAGUUUAUUCAUUAUCCAUCCGUUUACAUUAUAUUAAAGGGAUAGUUCACUUUUUGAAUGCAGGACUGUGUGAGGUACUUGUCAGAUGCUGGUCAGUUAAGCUCCUUGGUUAGAAAGCAGCAAGAGUACUGUUAUGGAAGCUGGGUGGUCAACUUUAAGAGACUGGCUCAGCUCUAUCAUGCAAUUUAGAUUAUUUUAACAAACUCCAAACCAAAGUACUAUUCUUGAUGUAAGCAUGUGCUCUAUUUUGAAAAAUUUUAGUGCUUGACUUUGCAUUCAAAGAGCCCAUUUGUUCUUGCACUUCUUUUAGACGAUGCACAUAUGUGUUCCUCCACCUAACAUGUGCAUUGGUGAAUGUGACGUGUACUGUGAAUGCUUUUUUGAGUGGUGUUAUAUAAGUGCAGUCCAUUACACUUUAACUACUUCCAUGUUUUAUACAGUGUAUAGUUAAACCCUGAACUUUUCAUUUUACAUCAUUACUCCUCCCUGGGACCAGCAUAUUGGUAGUGGUAGUUCAAGAUCCUGUUUUGCUCAGAACUGGGCUAAAACAACAGCAACCGCAUCCCUGUCUAGUGAUCAUUUGUGUCACAUUGAGUGCCAUGUGUCACAAUAAAACAAGGUAAACAAACAGCUGAGUAAUGUUUGGGAACACCAUCACACUCUGUGGUGAGUUGAUGUUUACACUGACCAGUCGGGCUCUGAGAUACUGUGGCAUGAUGUCAUCUCAGACAGUCCAUUUUCCCACAUUCACGCUGAGUUAGAUUGAUGCCGCACAUGUGCUCAGCUUGCACUGCUGUGUUGUUCUACAGUAAGUCAUAUCAGCAUAUUAAAGGAUCAGGAGCGCAGCAUGAAGAAAGCUGACACCAGCAAGCAGAAGUCCGACAGGAAGGGGAGUCCCAGAUAGUUGGAGCUCCACACAUGUGCUGCUUUAGUGAUGAGAAACUCAGAUGUAAAACUGAUCUUUUCUUUCACUUCUUUCAUUGGUCGCUGUGUUGGGCUUAAAGCUCUUGCAGGUUUUAUAUCCAUGGUGAUCUGUGGUGUUAUUUGCGUAGUGUUGUGUCGACAGGCUCUGUAUGAAAAGACUUCUCCUUGGGGUCCUUUGCAAAAUAGUACUCACAGAAAGCAUAUGUUGUUGACCGGAAAAGUAGUCCAUUUAAGGCUGUGCUCUAAUAAAAUGGUAGCACUCAAGGUCCCCUCGGUCCAGUUUGCAAACUGCAGCCAAGCUAAAGGAAAUGACUGCUGUAAACAAAGAACCCGUUUUUGUUUGUCUCCUGGUGUUUCAAGGAUCUCUGGCCUUGCAAGGUUCACAGACAAGCCUUUGUUUCCAGAAGUUGAAAAAAUUGAAUUGGCCCGUGGUCACAGCAGUUGUUUAUGUAAUAUAUAUGCCAUUAUGUGAACUGAGAAAUGCAUGGGCGGAUAGCAUGGUUACAUGAGUGUGAGGCCCCAUGUGUCUUUGUUUGGCCACACAGGACAGGAAUCUGUUUUCACUUGAGCGACACAAGAUUAUUAUCCCACAGUGUGCAUUGUUGUUCAAGAUUAAUUGAAUUCUAUUUUUAGAGCUUAUCAUGGCGUUGGUCUAAAAAUGAAGCAGACAUUGUUAUUUUGAGUCUACAGUGUUUCCUUUACUCUAGACUUAGGAAAAAGGUUAUUGCAUAAAUGGGGGAAAAUUCGUAGAACUAUUUUGUUCCUGUAAUCCCGAAGGAUUCCCAUUUUAUUGGCUGUAUUUCUGUUUUAUUCACAUUUUCCUUGCAUGUCCCAAUAUCACUUGUCAUGGCAUUAUUUUUGGCUCAGGUGUUGAUACAUCAAACCUUUUCAGACUACAUAAAAGGCUUAAAGUAAGUGUGUGUUUGUGUAUGGGAUGGGGGGUUAGGGGGGCAGCGGCGGCUGGUCGUCUCAUUGCUUGGCACGGGCCAGAAAUGAAAAAAAAAAAAAAGUUGAAACAGGCUUAGUUCUAAUGACAGAUAAUCCAGUUACAAAGUCGUGGAGUUUGUCAAAAGGUUUGUUUUCCAGGUUGUGGCUUUGUGAAGUGAAUGGACCGUGAAGCCAGGGGAGCGCUGAGGCAAAAAGGAAAAGUUUUGGGUUCAGCCUGUGUAGGCCACAGGCGUGCCUCCUACUUUGACUCCCUGAUUUGUUUGGACAUUAAAUUACACCUUAAGUUGAUCUCUGUCUCCGUGUCUGCUUCUGGGUCCUCACAACUCACCAGCCACACCACAGUUUGCUCACUUUGACUUGAGGUUUCUGUGGGACCAGCAGUGACUACCGGGGAUGCUCUAAACUUUCUAAUUAUUGUACUCAUGGUGGAGAUUAAGCAGCUACUGUCACAUCUCUGGCUUGGUUAGAUGGUGAAAUACAAGGCAAGGAAAAGGUUGUCCCAAAUGCUGUACUAGUGUGGCCCACAGUUGAGCCACUAAGUGUGCACUGUCCUGAAAUAUUUCAGGUUAUGAUUAGCUGUUAUUAGGUUCAUAUACUACCUGCAGAGAGUAAGGGAAAAGAGAGCCAAAAACUAUUGUUGAUCAUUGGUAUUUUGUACUCGUUGACAGUGUAUGAGAGAAAAGUUUUCACACGCGAUGACUUAAGUGAAAUGUUAGCUCUCCCUCUUGAACCUCUUCCUGUCCAAUCUCACCUCCCACCACACUCCUACAAUAUUCCCCAAUAUCACCAGAGUCUUUCUGUGAGAAAACAGUCUUCUCCAGGGCUAUUUUCAAUAUGGGCUCAAACUUUCAUCGUUGUGAAUCAAUCAAUCAAUCAAAUUUUAUUUAUUUAGUGCCAAUUCACAACAGUCGUCAUCCCAAGAUGCUUUUCAAAGAACAAAAGCAGGUCUAGAUCACGCUCAUUGUUUGAUGAAUUAUCAAGACCUAACCUAAGAUGGGAUUCGGCCCAUCUCAACUAACAUGAGUAACAGUGGCAAGAAACCUUGAGCAUGACCGGACUCAUGCCAGACAGCCACCAGGCCGCUGCUGGGUUGGGGAGGAAUACAGAGAUAUAGGGGGAGAGAGAGAGAGAGAGAGAGAGAGAGAUAGGGGGAGAGAGAGAGAGAGAGAGAGAGAGAGAGAGAGAGAGAGAGAGAGAGAGAGAGAGAGAGAGAGAGAGAGAGAGAGAGAGAACAAGAUAGGGGAAAGAGAGAGAGAAUGAGUAAGAGAGAACGAGGGUGAGAGAGAGAGACAGGGGACAGCAGCGACAUUAAAACAACAGCAACAACAACAACAGAUCAUGUAAUGGUAAAACAAACUGAAUUCAGUUUACAGGGUUAGGAUAUGAGUAAUUAUGGACUAUGUUAAAUUAAUUAAAUGUGAUUACAGUCAGCAGGCCUAAUAGUAGUUAACUCUAGAUUUUUGUUAUUAAUGUCAGUGAGGCUGAUGUUCAUGUCUGCAGUUACAGUCCAGAGGAACCCAAGAGAAGAAGGAGCUCAGGGCCUGAGGCGGACAAUCAUAGACGAUGCGGUUGGAAUAUGUCAUAUUUUGUUCUUAUAUUUUCACACCUGUUCACUGACUUACCUACAUCUGUGCUCUCUCAGCCAUAGGCCAGGGAAGCACAACAAUGGUCUUUGGGAAAGCCAGAUGCAGAGUGCCUACAGCUUUAUGACAGGUGCCAACCGUCAGCAAUGCCACCAGCAGAGCCAAGGAAGCUACCAGCUUCAGUUUGCCAUCCUGAAACUACAACAGCAAAGACUUCAGUCUCAACAAUAUGUGGACCAGAGCCAUUGCAGACACCAGGUAUUGCAGAAUCUUUGUUUUAUUCUUUAAUGUGAUAUAAACAUCAAUAAUAGCUGUAGUUAUUGUUAAAAAAGGGAAAUGCAAGUCCACGGUCCACUAUGCACUAUGCGCUUUUACAGGCCAAAAUUUCUUCUUCCCUGCUCACUACUGACAGAGGUGUUAAAAGCUUUAAGUGUCAACAAACUCAUGUUUCUUUGUAGCUCACACUGUUUAAAUUCCUUCGCAGACUUUCAAUGUCAAGUUUGAGUAUAAAAGUUGAGAAAAAACAGGUUGUGGAGCAUCUUUUGUUUGAUGUCUUUUCCUGGAUGAAAAUUGAAUAUGUCUGAGAAUUAUUGAGCCGUAACUCAGGAAAACCCUAAUAUUUGUGUCUGCACAAAAUAUUCCCCUACCUAAGCACUCUGCUGUCCAAAAUAGUGCAAAACCAGCGUCAAGGGGAAAGCUUUCAUGUUAGCCUUUACACUGCUAUUUUAAGAAUAUCUUUCCAAACCACUUAACAAAAUGGUGUUCAGUGGGAAUAUCCUGAACAGAAGCUCGUUCCUGGAGAGCCAACAUGACUCCUCACUUUGAGAUUACAUUGUUUGGCUGAGGGACGCAGUGAGGCUUAUAUUGGAAAGCAAGUGAUACAGGAAUGCCGCCCAUAAGGGUGCAAGAGAGGCCUCAGUGCUGAAGUCUAUUAUAGCUUUACUGUUGAAGUGAAUAUCAGAUUUGAGCUUCAUUUGUGUUUUUAUUGCAGCACACAUAUCUUUUGAGAUAUGAUUUUUCUCAGGAAAAGUAAUGUAGCGACGAGAAAGCUUUUAGUCAUGCAUUGCUAGCCAUGACAGAUGUGAUUCGGCUGCUUUGAGAGGGAGAUAAGAGAGUCAGAGCAGUCUCUCAUUUAGCACAUCAUAAGUUUUAUGUUUGAAAGGAAAAAUAGGCCCCUCAUAUCUAUGAAUAUCCCGUGGAGGAGGAUAUUAACAGAACAAGCAAUUUUUCCAAAGGAUUCUGUGGAGCCUAUGAAGCCGGAACAAUGUCAGAAAAUUAUUAUUAGAUUAAAAUGAUUCGAUAACAUUGAUCAAUAUAGGAUAACGUAAGGAUAUGAAGUGUGAUAAACUUCUGUUUGAGCAUGUAUGUGGUAGGUUCUGACUUAGUUUUCAUGUCCGUCUACCCUGUCCAUGUUUAAAGAAUAAAAAUCUCCUUCCUGAAUCCAAAAUAAAAUCCUGAAAGUGCUUCAUUCAUAACCCAACAAUCACUUAGUUUUGCUGACAAACAAAAAUUAUCACACUGUACUCUUGAAAAGAAUUGAGUAUGAUUUGUUUCUCCUCUGCCAUUAUUGCUGACAAAGUAAAUAUCUCUUCCUGUCUUAAAUCGAUCAACGUGGAAGGAAAGACACUGAUAAAUGUGACAGUGCUCCAAAACUUUAACUAUUUCUGCCUCAUAUAACCCCACUUAAUAAAAAAGGCUACUGUCUCUUCCAUCUAAGGCCCGCUUGUGCUUAUAUAGCUGCAUCAAACUGCACAUCCAUUCUCCACAGGCCUCCAUCAGAUUGGUAUAAAGUAGAUCCAUUUUAGCAAGUUUAUUUUAGCAACUCAUAAUUUGCCUCCCUAUGUUUGUUAAUUGAAAAGGUUUAUAUUGUGUUAACUUUUAGAUUUGGUAUUUAUUCUGCAACCCUGAAGCUUUCCUAUGAGUGAGAAGGAAAAAAAGACAGCUAAGUGCCAUUGGACAGCUUUGGAAUGGAAUAGAACAAUGUCCCUUUUUUCUUAUCUGUCCAAUGUUAUAAAGCUGCUUCGUGUCAUUGUUUGUUCUUCAUCUUGAUUGGAUCUUGAUUAAUGCUUUUGAGGUGAUAUUUCUCUUGGCUUUGUCUCACAGUGGUUCUCUAAGCACUAAGUGAAACUAAUCCCUUGCCUCCGCCCUGCUCUAUUCUCACUUUCACCUUUUUUUUCCAAAUCUAAACACAGUUGACCAAAUUAUUUUUAUUGCUCAUGUCUCAUCAUGUACCCAGCCCACGAGGAAAGGAAAAUCUCAUACAAUCAGAAAAGGUGUGUGGCACCAAGAACUGUAUAUGGACUAUACAAAGAGUCAUCCUGUUGGAGGUCUGCAGCCAGACUGUCUUGACUUAAUGGGGUCAUUAGAAGGUUGACUCUGUAUAUGGUUGUCUGACCAUUUAAUCUGACAUCCCUCCCUAAAAUCUUUGUUCUGCCCACAUCUUUCUGUCUGCCAGUCUGACCUUGUAAUAUGUUUUUUCUACAACAAAGGUCUUCAAUGUGCAGCUACUUUUAGUGCUGCUCAUUUAAACCUGAUUUGACUUCACAUAUAGGAGCGGGAGCUUUAAUUCUUUUCGAUACGUAUGACUAAUAUCCCUGGACUCACCUUGAAAGCUUUCAGUCCUCAUGGGAAAAUGAAUGAAUCAUUUUAGAAUUAUUCAAAGACACAGAGGAAGUGCUUCAUUUGAUCUAAGUGCUCAUAUAAACUUUUGUGUAUGAAUAUGCUCAUCUGUGGGAGAGAAAGAGACAGGGGGCUGUUCCGGCACUGCCGUCCACGUUCCAGUUACUGGGUGCAGACUCCCCGGCUCCUCCACAGGCUUGGCCUCUGGCCACCUGGCAGCCAAAGAAAGGUGCCCUCCCUGGCCCCGCUCAAACUGAAUUGGGGCCAUAGGCCUUGCAACCUGGAAACUCAGCGUCUCAUUUGUCAACACACAAAUUACAUCAGAUAUUCCCUGUCACACUGCAGGCCCUUUGAACAGCAGCAUUGUGAAGCUGGAAAACCGUUAGCUUGUUAGAUAGCCGUAUAAAGCUGCAGAGAAAAUAGCAUAGGCAUGAGAUGUGGAAAGAAUGUAUGAAAAGCAUUCCCCAGUACUGCAAGGAGAGAGUGAAAUGUGGCUCUUAAAUAUUAUGUCAGAAAGAAAACGGUAUUUUCACCCUUCCCAAGCCUUUGAAGAGAUCUUGUAAAAACAAAUAAAUAAUCUGAAGAAUUUGCUUCUCAGUGGAGCCAACUGCAAAAAAAACGUUGAGCUUGUUUUUGUACUGGAUGGCAUUUCAUUUAUAUCUGCCUUAAUUCAUGUCAAGCAGUUUGAUACUUCACCUUAAUGGCCUGAGGCUACAUAUUUUCCACAUGACAAACCCAUUCCAAAUGUGAUUGCACUUCCUUAUUCCUCUUUUGGAAUUGGGAUUUUUUCUAAAUAUGUUCUUAAGAGUAGAGAACUGUUUAAUUCACACAAAACAUGGACAAGACACAUUUUAUAUGCCCUGAUAGAACUCCUGGGAGAACUUUGGAGUUGGAGUUGUAUGCUCUUGAUUAGAUUAAUUGAUGCAUGGUUAUACCUCAGGUUUCUUUACAUUUGAUACCUGAGUGGUUUAAAGGACUUUGUUAUGAGUAGAAUAACUGUUUGAUGUAAUGAAAACAUAGUUCUUUUCAUUUUUUUUCACAAUUGUCUGUAAAUAUAUCAAAAAUGUAGUUGUUUAAGGAUUGAUCCCCGUGGAACAUCACAGGCUACAGAUCCCUUCUGGAAUAGGAUAAGUAAAAUGUCACCAUAUUGAAAGAGUCAGAUAGGAUGGUUGUUGAUAACAAAUUUGUGACAAUAUAUUACCAUAGGGAUACACCUUUAUGGGUAGUUAGCCACAUUAAUAGACUUUCAUUAUAAGUGUUUGCAAAGCCCCAGUUUCUGUUAAAAUGUCAAGGCCAAUAAGGGCCAAGGUCUUGUGAUCUGUUCUGUUCCUUUUUUUGUUAUUUUGGUAGUACUCUGAUGAUUAAUUAAUCAAAUUUCAACAGUUAAACAGAUGAGUUGAGCUGGAUUACAUAAAUAUCAAUUGCAGAUUUGGAAUACCAGGUUUAAAAAUGAUUAAUCAGUGAGAAGCUGUUACCAGCACCUUCUCUUGCUGUGCCCUUACUGUCAACCUCAGUUAGUUAUCAUUAAAUUAGCUAUAAAAAUGUCCAUCAUUGGUUGUGCUUUGAUGAAGUAUUGCCUUAUAAAACACUUAAUACUGACCCCACAAGAGGCAUUCUAUCACCGGGAUUUUUCACUCCUUUCCCUCUGCCUCAACCAGGUAGUCUGAAUAUGGUUUAUAAACGUGACAGCAGUGAUGAAGUUGCUACCUCAGAAUACCACAGACUACUGUAAAUCUAACACUCAUAUUUCAGUGUUUAGUGUAGAUCAAAGUAGCUCCAUUGUUAAGUGUUUGGAUUAUUUGGCAACAGUCCGCUUAGAAUCAAGUACUGGAACUAGCUCUGUUGGUAGAAGAAACUGAAUAAGUAACCAAACAAAACUGCCAGUCUUGUGAGUUAUUAUUCCUUUUUUUACUUUAUGCUGCAUGUUGAACAGUGACACAAAAACAAAGUCACAUUUGAGCCCAUGAAGUUGUUAUGGAUCAGCACCACGACAGAUCACAGCCGUCUUGAUCCUCAUGACAUCACUCCCUCUUAUCCGAUACCGCUCAGUUAAAUAACAGCUGUCCUUCUUGUUCUACAGGCUCCAUUUCCAUACCAGAUUCCACACUUCCAGGCUUCCACAAACUCAUCCAACUGCCCCACUCCAGGCUUUCACGUUCAGCCGGGUCACAGCCAUGGUCACAGCCACAUCCAGACCUGUGUUAGUCCUAUUUACACUCCAAAGCCACCAAGCAGUGCCAGAGAGGAACAGACAAGGAAAAUAGCUACAAAGCGCCUCAUCAAGUAAGACUGGCCUCAAAAACAAAUGCAUUUACUCUUUAUUCAUAUCUCUUCAGCUUUUGAUGCAACGCGAUUCUGUUAGAGUUUAACAAAGUUGCAGUGUAAUUUGUUGUGCAUUAACUGAUUGCUCUGUGCUGGCAUUGUUUGGCCGCUGCUUGUGGAUUGUGACAAAGUGCAUGGGAUCGGUGAGUUCAAGCAGACACGGCCAAUGCUAAUGAGACUUUGAAUAUGCGUGUAGUGCAGUGCUCGCAGUCUUUUGGCUAGAGGGUGUAUCUGCCUGUUCGGUAAACAACCUCAUCACAGGCCUGAUUUCUGCCUGAACCGUAAACAGAGAGUGGUUCAGUGAAAGGGCCCAGGCUCAGAGCGCCGUUUAGAUCCUGUUUGGUUUGGAGAUAAGCUGAAGAGCACAGAGGGGAAAAAUAAAAGGAGAGGAAUGAAACAGUGCUAAACUGCGAGCCAUUUCCCUCAAUUACUUUAUGUACUUUAUUACCCCAACAUCUGGCCAAAUUACACAAUAACAGUAAACCUUUGUUAUCAGGGCUGAUUAUUUUUUAAAGCACAGUUGGAGUUGAGAGAGAAUUUACAGAAUAUUCUUGUACAUAAAAAGUAAGACAAAGCUAGAAUGGAAAAAAGAUAGCUUUUUAUAUCAUCCACUUUUUCCUCUGUACCUGGCCAGGAAAGAGUUAAGGGUCCUGGGUGAAGGGGGGUCAGGGGUUGUAGGAUAGGUUAGGGCAGCCGAGUAGGUGCUGUGUUUGCUCCUGCGUGUGUGUCUUCCUGGCAAUAGCUGUGUUUACCCUCUGCAUGUGGAAUUCCAGAGCCCCCUCGCACUCUCCUAUGUCCUGCAUUUUUGUGGUCGACCAGUGUGACGGGGGAGAGUGUGGGAAAAACGGAAGCUUCAGGACCAAAAAAUGCACCGCUGGAAACAAUGAAAAGAAAGAAUAAAGAGGGGGAGAAAAGGAAAAAAAAUGACAAAGUAAUUGAAAAGUCAACUCUGUCCAGGAGGGAAAAAAAAGAUGAUUGUUUGCAGAGAAUGGUGGGAUAAUAAGUUGCUUCCCUUUAUUUCCAGCACUCUUUUUUAGGGGCAACUCAAUACCUCUGUUAUUGAAUCACAUCUGAAAUUCAUCUCAGUAUCAGGCUAAGCCCUUCCAACUUUUAAUAGAAUCACCGGACUGGGUGCACUCAAACAGUUCAAGGUUUUUCAGUCCUGCAAACACCUCCCUCUAGCCAGCUGUUGAACUGUUAAGUUGUUUUUUCACUACAAACUAUCUCUGGACUUUUUCCCAUAUCAAUACACGACUGAUGAUCUUUUGCAGUUGUAGAAUCUGACGAUCAGACUGACAUGUGGUUUUUUGAUUCUGUGUAGCCAGGGAAAUGGAGUAAAGAUUUCUGUUGAUGCAGCUAAAUGAUUUCCUUGUUUGUAGUCUUGAAAAAUCCUCUCAGAGUGCUAUCCGGUCCAUUUUUUCUGAAACUGCUGACUAGUGUCCACUUAUUGGACGGAGUGGGCUUUAGUUUAAUUGAGUACUGAAAAGAAACUGGCAGAGUUUCUGACUGACAGUAUCUGUGGUUUUUAAGCUCAUCUAACAUGCAACACACUUCAUGAAACAAAUGUUCCUCAUGUUUGGUAUCUGCUAAGCAGGGCAGGGCUCUCUCUGGUCUAUCAUCAUGCCACAGCUGCCAACAAGAGGGGGCUGCGAUGCCUCAAAGUGCUAUGACUUCAGUGACGGCUUUGAAAGGACCAAUUUUUAACACAAAUAAAUGAGUCGUUUGGUAUUUUGUUUGCAAGGUUUGGCUCGACGCAGCUGUAACUACGGAAACCCAGACUGUCGUGUGGCAUUACUAAUAGGGUGACAAUUACAGCGGCACCAUUAAUGUCAGCCUUACCGCUGCUCUUGCUCCCUAUUAAUCAGCCACAACAGUAGUUAUUUUCACAGAAUACUGUACACAGUCUGAAAGCUGCCAAAAGUGUGUUUAUGGUUAAACUUUAUCCCCUUUGGCAAGUUUGACUAACAUAAGGACAUAUUAGCUACCUAAAUGCACAAAGUCAAACUGCACCUCAGCUUUGUUUACAUAAAGGCUUCAACUCUCUUUGAGAAGUGUUAAAUUUCCAACUUCACUAUUGAAUAUCUUCUGGAUGUAGAGUGAGUUCAGAUUUUUUCCACAUACAGCGUUUCUGACUGCUGCCCGCCUCUUGAAAUGACCGAGUGAGAGACUGUUGACAAAGAAAGUGAUGUGAAGAACCCAGAGGUCAAGUGUUUUUUUUUUUCCUCUUUUCACUUUCAAUAUGAAAGGGGUCGCUUCCCGUAGAGGUAUGCCGCACUCAAAGUGGGCCAGUUCUAUUUGUGGUUGUGCAAUGCUAUGAAAGAACAACUGUGCAGCCCCUUACAAGGAGGCAGUGUGUACCCUCAUUACCUUGUUAAUGCUCCUUUGGCAAGCUGCUGUUAUGGGGCGAGAGGUUAAUGCCAGCUAAGCUUUAUUUAUUGUUCCCCCUAAAAAAUGCUUAGCAGAUUUAAUGUAUAAGGUUACAGACGUGUCUGCACGUGUGCUCUAUGCCUCACUACUUCUUCUAAUGGUUUACUCUGUAAAAACACUGUAUUUGCUGUUUGAUUAUGUGAAGGGGCUGUGUAAUUUCCCCACUGUGAGCUCCAGACCUCUAUUGAAAGCCUGUGGGCUAAACACACUAAAAGUAAAAUGCUUUAUGUUCGAUUCAUCCUGGAAGAUACAUAUACAGUAUGCGUAUGCUUUUUCUGUUUCUGGUUAUAGCCCAGAGGUCCAAAUAGUCAAUAAUCACCACAGUAAUCUUGCCAAUGAGAAAAUCACAUCACCCAGGACAAGCAGCAGGAAUUUGCCCCCUGCUUGUCACAAUAGCUCAUGAGAGGCACUCAGUAAACACUUAACCCCCACUAGCCUCUGCUGACUGGAGGCUAUUUGAAAUUGACUCCACUCCUCUCUUGUCAGAAGAUGACUCAUCACACACCAUGCCUAAAAAACAAUACUAAGAAGUCAGAAACAGUCAUCAGGGCAUUUUUAUUCAAACGUUCAGCCAUACAUCGUUUGCUUUUCAGGAGCAGUUUGUCUCUGAUUUGUUCUUUUGGUCUUACCUUACACUUAUUUCUUUUGUGUUUAACAGGCAGAUAUCCACAGAGAGCUCUGCAAGCGGAGGUGUGUCCAGCGGCCAGCAUAUGGUGUAUGAUGCCAUCUGUAGUAAAACAAGUGGGUUUAUUGCUGCACUCCUACACACGCCUGCUACCACACUGUAACUUAUGCCCUUUGUAUGCCAGUGUUAGUGAUUACAGCCUGGCAUAGUGGACAUUCCCCAUAGACGGCUGAUAAACACCACUGGAUAUUUUUAGUGCGGUAAUGAUGCUCGAUAGUGUGUGCAUAUAAACUGGCGCACUGUAAGAUAACUGUAUGGCCACAAUAAUAAGUAAAUACAGUACAGUUUUUAAUUACAUGUUUUAAUGAUUUGAAAUAAAGUCUUUACUUGUGUUGUUACCACUAUAAUAGAAAUAUUCAAGUUUUCCAGUGCAGUAAAUUGCUCUGUGAUCAAUUAGUUUUGACUUGCCUAAAACUAGGGGUCAUAUUACUGCUGCAGGAUAAAGACGCUUUAGGCUUUGACAAUGAUAGUGGUGUGCUUUUUGUAACAAGAUCCGGUGAUGGGAAUAUCUCAGGGGAUUCCCAUCUAUAGGCCAUCCCCUGUGCAGAUGUAAUCCACACUCCAAGUGUCACCCCCAAAUAGAACCAAGAUAACGUGGAAGUAAUUCUAUCUGCACUAGCUCUAUUAUGGGUUAUCCUCUGCAAUUGUGGGUGCCUGCGCUCACGUGCUCUGUCAUCCUGCCCUAUUUCCACAACUCUUUCCAUCCUGAGUGAAGCGCUGAUCUUAUUUCUGUAACAGUGAUAUUAAGCAGUUCGAUGCACACAUCUGUUUGUCUGAUCAGCGGCCUUUUUUUCCAUGGACCUACUGUACAUUAGCAUUAGCAGAUCAUACCGUUCAUCACAUCACGUGAGUGUCACAGAGAUCAGCAUGUCGGAAAAACACAGUGGCUGUGCAACACCCAAUCCCCCCCUUCUUAAAAAAGAAUUGGUGGGAAGAAUGAAAAGAAAUGUUUUGGCCACAGACCCUCAAACUCUUCAGGCUGGCUUAGUUUAACAAACAUCUUAUAAACUCAUCAAUUACUGUAACUAGAUCCGUUGGGAGAAGCUUCUGAAUUUCAUGAAUGCAUUUUUUCCAUCGUUCAGGGUGCAAAGGGUGGGGGAGAUGCCUCACUCUCGACUUCAAAAUCAUGUCUUAAAAAAAUCCAAGUAUAAAAAGAAGUCUGUAAGCUAUGAAAAAGACUGGGGGUUGAACAUACAGAGAAAAAGGCAGGCGCGGCUCCAAAUGGAUGGUUAGGGGUGGCCAGGGCCCACCUCCAAAUCUGGCCACCCAAAAUGUCACUCCAAAAUCUAUUCUUCCAUCACCUGUACUGCUUACUUUUUUGAGGAACACUAAAAGCUAGAGCCUAUCCCAUCUGUCAUUAAGCAACAGGGAGGGUACAGCCUGGACAGGCUGCCAGCCCAUCACAGGACAAACAUUUAAUCAGAGAAACAGACACACUCACACCUUCAUGGGACUAAAGACCACAGUGGAAAAUAAAAAAACAUUUGAUUUCAUGAGAAGUUCCUCAAACUGAUGGUUUCAGUUUUAUACUUUGUGAGGUUGGGCCUCCAUGGAUCAGACAUCUUACACAUGCUCGAUUUGGAUGACAAAUUUGGGACUGCCAAAGACAUCCCACUCAAUGAUAGAUGAUGGUUCUGAUGGGAUGAUGAUGUUUUUCACGUUACCUGCCCUUGAUUAUUAUGUUGUGGCUGAUCAGCUUAUAUUGAUUAAAUUGCAUAGACUAUGCAUCUGGAUUUACAUACAUAUCAUAGAGGAUCAUGUUUGGAGUGACAAGAUGGUUGAAUAUUUCUUUAAAUAAAUCACACAAAGUUAUGAUGCCCCUUUGUGAACCAGGCCCCAAGUAAUUGCUCACCGUUACCGUAUGGUCAAAUAUCCGAUGUUAACAGAGACUCAGUGUGGCGUUUAGCAGGGUGGAGGUGGAGUGUUAUUGGAAGGGGCACAGCUUUUGUGGAGCUUAGGAGCGUGUCAGGUCUCUCUGCCUGCCCAGUGUACCUUUUGUAGCGAGAUGACUGAGCUCGCCUGAUCGACUGUGACAGGGAGUUAGAGCGAGGUCCAAACGGAGAGCAUUCUCUAUGAUCAGCUGUCAACCAUCAUUAAUCACACGCUCCCUUUAUCUCUCUCUCUCUUGUGCACUCCCUUAAUCUCUUCCUCUCUUCACUCACACAACUCCCCUUUUAUUCUCUGAAGUUUUUUUUCCCGCUCCUGCUCACUCACCCCUUUCUCCCCCUUAUUUUUUUUCCUUCCACACUUCUUCUGCGUUCAUUUUUCGGCAUUAAAUGAGGGGGAGUGUUUUGAUGAGGGCCGAUCAAAGCUUACAAACUCAGAUUAUAUCGACCACAUGUGUUUUACAAUGCUUCCCUUGAAGCUUUCUCUGGGUUCUGAGGGCUCCACAGCUCGCGACUGUGAGGAGAUUUAUUGCUUUCAGUUUGAAGAGGAAAUGAAUGCUGCACUUGUGCCUUUUUAAUGGGAGUCUGAUCAUGUCAGAACGGAUAGCUUAGGCCUCCCUUGCUAUCAAAAUAAGACUCUGUGGUGCCUUGCUGGGAAAGCAAGGUAGUUAUUGGCCAUCAUCCCCUUUUCAGAUGUAUUAUGUAAGUUAUUAGAAGUUUGAUUCAAAGCAGGCACUGCUAUUUUUUUUUUUUUUACAGUGAAUUAUAUGCCUUUUGGAGUGUAUUUUAUAAGGUAGAUAAGGUCACAUUAAUGUAGAAAUAGGAUUUUAGAUUGCCAUGAUUUGUGCGUAAGUUGCGUGCAAACAAAGAUCCAAGUUGUUAAACAAUUAUUUAGAUAUCUGAUUAAACUGUUAUAUCUGUUCCAGUUUGAGGACCGUUGGGGUAAAUUUUCCAUUGACCAAACUGCUGACAUCAUUUCCUCUUUGGUGGUGUCAUUUGGAGUGCGAUACGUUCGAAAGAAUUUUGUCCCUUUAUCUUUCUUUGAGAGGAAGCUGCUUCCAGCGGUCAUGUCAUCGCAUUGGAAGUCAGCGCGAUGUUUUCGUUCUCCGGCUCAGUCAGGCCCCACGGUGUAAAAGAGCACCAAAAUAAACAGAGUGUGCAGAGAGGGAAUGAAAGAGAAUACUGUUUGGGAGCACAAACACGGCAGCUCUAACUGUACGUGGAAUGCUUUUUUCUACCGGAUGACUGACCCUGAAGAGGGAGGGGAGAACCCGGGGACAAAGUGCUACGCACAGCCUAAAAUAACUUAAUCGUGGUUAAUUAAAACAAUGAGGAAAACACUCAUCGUAAGGAUUAGAAAGUUAUGGAAAAAUGUACAAAAAAGAAGAAUUUGAAGUCUUUUUGUUGGAAGAACUUUGCUCCACCCUUAUUCUUUGUUUUUCCUUUCAUCUGUUCUCUACAGGUCUUGCCAUGUACCAAAAGCUUUUCCAGACCAAGCACCCUGGCAACAGAUGACAGGAAGGCGACCAGAGGCCUGUCCUGCCCCCUUGCUGGCCUGACAGGUGUCUCUGCAUGUAACCACAUCCCCAAAGAGGUGUAUUCUGGGGAAGGACAACAUACACAGAUUAAAGCAUGCCAAACAUCGAACAAGGCUCUAUUAAUUUCUGUGAUACAGCUACAGACACGCGAGAGGAGAGUAUGCGAUGCCAGGAAUGCCAAGCUUUGGCUCAGGUCCCCCCAUCAGGACCCCCCCCCCCCCCCCCACACACACACACACACACACACACACACACACACACCCUCUUUGGUUUUACACUCUCUAUCUACCAACAGUUGUCUGCCCUCAUUCUCCCCGUGCUACUGAUGCCACAGAAAGAUUUUAUUGACAGAUAGCCUUCAGCAGAUGCUUCCUGCAGCCCCAGAGGCAUUUUAACUACAGGAUUCAACAUUUUACUCUUUGCUCAUGCAGUGGCAUGUGCAUAGCCAGUGAUUCACGCUUUUCUCCUGACAAAGUAACAAACAGGUGAGGCGUGGGUUUCAGCAAGUUGUGGAGUAGUGUAGCUUGUCGCCUUGCUGCCUUCAGUGAUGAGCAGGGUCUGUCUCCAAGAAUGAAACACUUCAGUUCCCGGUCCUGGUUUGAAGCCAAAUUGCUGCCAAAUUAGAUUGUACACCCAUCGCCUAAAGGUGUGCUUAAGUACAGCAGUCUUUUUUUAUAAACCUAGCAAAGAAGGAAAAUUGAUUGAGAACGCUUGACUGGCUGCUGCCUUGUUACCUCAUUACAAGGACAAUAUAGCAUUGUUGUCUGGGUUUUGAUAAGAGAACAUUACCGACUUGUGUUUUUUUAUGUUGAGGUGUUUUUUCUGUUGAUGGACCAAAUUUAGUAUGACUAAUACAUAUAUUAUUGUUAUUACGUCAAAACUUCUUCACUGUACAUCGUCUAACGGAAGGUUGUUUUGGCAAUUUAUGUAGCUCAAAGCAUAAUUCAAAGAGGAAUGAUAGUCCUUUUCACACAUGCACUGCACGUCUGAAAAUUUUCAGCUCAUUUCCACACCUGAGUUUAUCAGGACUUUUUAUUCUGUCAGCCUGUGGUGAAUUGUCCAGAAGUGAAGGCAGCAGAUAAAAGCCAAAUGAAUUCACAUCAAGUAAGAAGGACGCAGUGAUGACAGUUAAUCCAUGUGUGCAGUGUGAGACAAAGCAUUGAUUUAAAGGGUAGAACUGUUCCAUACCAUCAGACUUUGUUGCUUCUGCCAUCUUAGAUAGGCUGUUGACACUCAUGCUCUCCUGCUGUGUGGAACUAGAGUGAAAAGCCAAUUCUGGAAAAUGUCAGGGGAAUUUGACAAGUUCUGUAAAAAUGGUCAGGAUUUGUCAGUGCAUGUGUGAAAGGAGCUAAUGGUUACGCACAACGUUUCCUAUGAAAAAAAAAAGUUACAGCUACACCAGCAGACCAGUGUUCUUAUGGAUAUUCUGUAACGUGGGACCACAUGAAGAGUUCACUCAGGGUGUCUACUUAGAAAAAAAAACAUCUCUGUUUUAAACUAAUACAUUGUGUAAAAGUUAUGAUAACUUGUCUGGAAUACUUGAAUUUUAUGCAUGUUUUGUCAUAUCGGCUGAUGUUUACCAUCAGAGUGAUUUUGCACAGAUUGUAGUUAUCAAUGCAGUACAACAGAACUGGUUUUAAUACUGUUGAUUUGUGUUUCGUUGAUGUUGAUGUUGCAGUCAUGUUGUGGGUUCUCUCCUGUUAAAACCAGUGCAUGCUGUUGAACAAGAAUCUAGCGGUAACAAUCCAAAGUUGAUGUGGUGUUUCCUUGUGGCGAAACGAACUUGUUUACAGUCAGAUUAUUUGUUCUAUUUUGUUACUGAUUGUUGACAACACAUGCAUGGGAAUGUGAUGUUUUUGAAAUCAUCUACGCAGGCUAAGAAAAAAAAAGACUUACAUUUAUGCCUAAAAGACAUUAAACCUUAUACAUAUCAUGUCAGUAAAUGUGACAACUUUCAGUGUACAGCAUGUGCGGUGAACAAUCACUGGACUCAAAUGAAGAUGUACUGUAUUACCUGUCAAAAUAAAGUGCUGUAAAAAAAA